ACCCUACUCGCGGCCACAUGACACGGUCGGGCUCUCGCUCUCGUAGUCGUCGCACCACUCCGUCGUGUUCGCGCCGCGUCGUCAGACGUGUUUCGCCGCCGCCUCUAUCGCCGAAAUCCGCAUGUACGUCGUGCGAAUCGUUCGCGAUCACGUUUUCUGUUAAUUUUUUACUCGUUUUACUUUUUUUCAUUACCGUAUUGUCCGCGUAUCCGCGUAGUGUUUUUAUCGCCGCCGCCGUGCGUCCGAAACACGAUGUUGAGUGCCGCUACGAAAUGGGUGACCACUUCGUCGGACCCGAAAACCGAAAUGGGACCGCCGCCAAGCAGAGGCGCCGUGCUCAGGGUGCACGAGUCGUUUUUGAGAUCGCUGAAACGCCGGUCGCUCCGAGUGAAACGUUCUAAAUCGCUGGUCAUAGCGGAAAAACGAAAAUCAGGUAUAAAUAUGCGUAUACAAUAAAACAGUUUCCGCCAGAAAUCGUGUAAAUAUUGUCGGUUCGCCCGUUUCGUAGUGGCCGAUAUAAUAAUUUAUUCGAUAAUUAGGCGAGACACAAAUUUGUCGAAUCUUGGCGUGAAUGAGUCGACGAUUUGACAUUAUUGGUCGGCGUCCAAUGCGUACUAGUAUAUACAGUUCAAUCCUUAAACAUCGAUUUAAUUUAAUUGACAAGAACGUAUUUUUUUAUUUCGCCCGCCUAUUGUAUUAUGUCGCUUGUUUUUCAACUGUGCAAUAAUUGUAGAUAAAUGCGUACGUAUUUCAUACUUUUUUAGCGCCAUAUACCAUUGGCUAAGAAUUACUAUACGUAGGUAUAGAAAUUAUCGAUUUUUGUAGGCGUAUUUUGUGUAAAUCAUACCUACGUAGGUACCACCAUAAUAAUUUAUGUGUACACCAACAAUAGCGAUAUAUAUAUACUCAACCGAGUGAAAAUUUCCGAACAUUUCCCCAAUGUCGGAUAUAAUUCUUUUUUUUUUUUAACAGUACAGGUAAUAAUCGAUUUCCCCGUGUACUGUAACUAUUCUUAAGUAAUUAUUCUCGAAGGUGUCUUUCGGAUUUCACGCGUAACGACGAUUUAUGAUAAAAUUAUACAAAAGACACCGUGAGUUUUCGUACGAACGUUGUACCAAAAUCGUCGUGUCUAUAAAGCAGCUAUAUCAGUUACCGCGAUAUUGGUUACCUGUAUCGGUGUAACUUGUCCGAUCAGAUUACGGAUGAGUACCGCACAAAUUUCAAUAUACAGAAAAUAAAACGUCUUUCUGCAGCAGUUAUAAUAUACGGUCUAUCGUAAAACAAAAUUGUAUUUCUAUAUUAUAUUGACAUGUAUACCUAAACAAAAAGGCUCACCCUUCUGAUAGGUGUGCCACUGUUUUAGGGGGAGGAAUUUGGAAAUUUGGAGGAUACAUAGAGUCAAUGGUGUAUCGAGAAUUUGUAACAAAUGAAAUAGUUUUGAAUUUUUUGUAUAUUAUAAUCAUACAUUAAACAUUUUAUAACUAUUUUACAGCGCUAAUUAUAUAAAAGUUGAAAUAUUUAUCUUUUUUAAAAUUUAUAAAUGUGUAUUCAUUUUAUGUUUUCAUGUUUUAGCAAGUUCAUUUAUAAUAUCAUUAAUAACCACGUUGAUAUCGCGAUGAAUAUAUUUUAGUUAAGCUAAACCAUUUAAACGUAUUUGUCCUGAAGAAUUUUUCAAACGACGGAGUAUUGAAAACUAUCGUUCUCCCAUAGAAAUAUUUGAAGAAGUUUAGAUAUUACUGGAUAAACAUCUGGACUAGUUUGGAAGUAUACUUCAAUAGUAUUUUUGUUCUUGAGUUUGCAAGAUAUUAAAUUUGAAUAUUUAGUGUACCACAAAUCUUAUUCUCCGUUUAAUGUAUGAUCAUUUCAAUUUUAAUCGUUACAUUCAUUAAUUAUACCUUGAUUUGUUUUUACUAAUUAUCUGAAUUUACCUUUAAUAUCUAAAGGUAUUUUCGUUUCUAUCUUAGGUAAAAUACAAUCAAAAUUAUUCAAAAUAAUUCUGUGCGAUAUAAAUAUUUCGUUCAAUAACGAAUAACGAUAUUUCGGUCUAAACAAUUAUCUAUAAAAGGUAUGAAUACUUAAAAAAAUAUCAUCUGCUUUAGAUUGACGUGGCAAACUAACAGUAACAUCAAAUUUUUCAUAGACUGUUAUUACAGAUAAAAAUAACUGUUAAAACUCUGCAUCACAAUUUUCUCUAAUAUCCUGAAUAUUAUUUUAAAUAUUAGCAACUUCUAAGUGAAAAACUCAUGGAAAAUAUUUUCACUAAAAUAGAUAUAACUGUUCGAAAUUUUAACUGUUUUAUCGCAGUAAGAAGAUGACUUUCAGAACUAGAUGUGUCAGAAUUUGUCCAAAAUGUAAUUUUAUCUAGCGCAUGUAAAAUGGUUGGUUGAAGUUCUUCAAAUAAUAUAAAUGCAUCAUGGCGAUUGACCCAUCGAGUUGCAUAUAGAUUUUUUAGUUUAAAACAAUUUGUCUGUGAUUAUACUGCUUCUAUUGACAAUCGCAAAAUACUUUGUCUUUUUGUAUAACCAAAAGCAAUAAUCAUAGAUCUACCUAUUAUUAUAAUAUACACACUACACUGGACUGGAUUUAUUUACUAUAAAUUUGUAUUAUUUGUGUAAACUGUUAAGUGUAAUAACACUAUAUUCUUUUUUCAAACUAUUAGUAUUUUUUUUUUUCAAAGACAUUUUAGGGGGGUUACAACCCCUAACCCCUCCUAGAUACGCCAUCGCAUAGUGUAAUUUAAUUGAUACAAAUAUCUGUGCGCAACGGUUAACCAUCGCUAACGAAAAUCUAUUCUGGGCAUUAUCGUAUUUGUCCCUUCUUGCAAGGCCGACCCGGAAAUUGACAAUAUUUAUACAAAAACACAACUGUAAGAUUUCCCAAAUGAUUUCGAAAACUACUUGGAAAAUCUAAAAAAAUUACCUCCGCCAAUGCACAAACAAGAGUACAAAAAUGACACGAAAAUAAAGUUCUUUAAUAUUUUUGGUUGGAAAAGAUAAACCACACAAAAUAAAAGUAACACGUCAUUAUAAGACCAAUAUGUAUUCCUCGCUUUGGUCAGAAUCUAAAACUUGUAUAAGGUUCUAUGAUUUGGAAUAUUUGUGUACCAUAGUAUUAUCAUGCUAUAGAUUUCGUGAUUUUUCGAGGUCCGCGGAUUAUAUAAUAAUAUAUUUAAUUUCGUCUGCGAAUAUAACAAUUAUUAUGAUAAUUUCAAUCAUCCUCAAUAACAAUUUUAAUAAUGUUGCCCGCUCUCUGGGGCAUUAGGUAAUGACUUGAAGCUCUGCGGAUUUUGAAUCGGCUUAUAUGUAUAUAUAGUGUUUACAUAAUUUGUGCACAUCUUCUACUUUGUACUUUUAUUACAAUAAUUGCAUAUAAUAAUGUUUACGUUUAAAAACAUUUCGCCGCGUCGAGUACGCAGAGCAAAGAAAAAUAAUAACCAUAAUAUUAUAUUAUUUCUUCCCUCUAAUAACCUGCAAUUUUUUAUACUUCCUCCACUCCCGAAGAAAUCCCUGUAUAUAUUCAUUGUUCUGUAUUUAACAUCAUGUUAAAAAACAAAUCUGACUUUAAAACGUUAUUUCCAUAAUAUUAUAAUUAUUAUUAAUUUUGCUUUUCGUAAUUCAUUUGGGUCAUGAUGUUUUCACGUGGUGUGACCGCAACGGUGCGGUGGUUUCGACCGCCAAAAUGAAAAAUGACCCACUAAAGAAUACACUAUUAUAGGUAUUAUUAUAGAUAGUAGUUACUGGAGGGCUGGGUAUUUGUAAUUUUUUUUAGUGGCAACGUAAAAUGUUGAUUUAUAUACCUUAUUAUAGUAUACACUUACGAUUGUCUCAUACUGAUUGUUUUAAAAUAUAAUAUAAUAAAUAAAGGUGGGCCCCUAACUAAAUUCCAUACUGAAUAAUAUUAUUAUUAUUAUAAAGAUAAGUAGAUAAUACAGGAUGACCCCCUCUUUUGUGAUCUUUUGUCGCGAGUCCUCCCUGUAUACCUACAACCUACCUCUUAUACAUAUACAAUCGAGUAUUAUAAUUUAUGAUAUCCCUAAUUUUUCGAUCGACCCUUCCCUUCUUUUUAAAUUAAAUUGCCCGCGUAGACCUUUUACACAAAUUGAAUUCAACGUCGUUGACGUAUAUAAAAAAAAAAAUAAAAAAAUAAUACAUAUUUACCUCCGGAAAUAGUGAUGAUAAUAAUAAUAAUUUGUUUUCUUUCACUUUUCUAUACACAUUACAAUCUUUUACAAUGAUUAUUAUUAGGGCUGUAAACUUUAUGUACUGAAAACCCUUAAACAAAAAGCAUUUAAAUUCUCAAAAAAAAGCAAUUGCGACUUAACUCAAUCACUAUACAUAUAUGUAUAGAGUCAAAUUUUCCCCUACCUAUUUUGUAUUAUUUCUAUUAAACAAUAAAUAACCGAAUGUUUUAAUAUUAAAAUACUGAAAUUAUAAUAUUAUACUACUUCUGAACUAAUAUUAAAAUUUUAUCAUUAAAAUGGUGGGGACGGGGGUCAAAAGUUGAAACUUCCUUGACUAAUACGAAUCGCAAUAGAUAUAAUAAGCUACUCGCUGGUGUUUUUUUUUGGAACUCAAUGCUUUCUCAAAGGUUUUAUAAUGCGUUGCAUUAACAGCUCUAGCUAAUCAUUAUACCUACACGUAUUUACGUAUUUAUAAAGAGCCAGCAACAGAUUUCAUCUCAGACUCGUCGUAAUGUUCAACUGAAAACCGGGUUAUUUGCCGCGCCGUUAUCGUCGGCAUCCCUUUGUUUGGUUUUUUUUUUUCAUAUUCUCUCCAAAAAGAGUACUUAUGCAAAUAAAAACAACAAUUAUUAUACGACUCUGUUGAUAAGAAAAACACUACUAUAAACGUACAAAGCGAUACGUAAACAUCGGAAGAGUAAAUAAACUGCAGUCACAGUGAUGUGUAGUUAUUAUAAUAUUUAAUAUUACGCAUAUAUGUAUGUAUAUUUUUAAAUCUUUAUAUUUCGCGUUUGUUCGGGGGCCGAGCAAAACGAGAAAAAUUAUGCGUGUAUAGUGCAACCACUUAUUAUACGUAGUGCUUAUAUUUUUAAAACGCUGUCUUUUAAAAACACAUGCACACACACACACACACACACACACACAUUUAUAAUAUAUAAAUUAUAAGUAGGUACCUAUACUCUGUGGAGUUAGUACAGCGUAUUAUACGUAUAGUAACGUAUAACAUAACAAAUUGGAUAUUGUACACUUUUACUAAUUAAAAACAAUCAAUAAGAUACGUGAAAAUACAACAAAUGGUACGAGAAUAAAUUUAAAUAUAUGUAUAUAUUUCACAAAAUUUUGUGUUAAAAAGUUUAUAUAUAUUAUUAUAUAAUAUCCGUUUUUAUCGUUUCGAGGAAAAAAAAGUUUGCCCGUCCCAAUUACGAGUGGAACUGCCCAUCCAGGCAAUAUAUUGUAAUUUACAUAACAAUAAAAACGUGUUUUUUUUUUCAUACAUAACUAUAGAAUAAUAAUAAUGAACUGGCCCCCAAACAGAAUUAUUGGCGGCAAACCGUCAAGAUGUGCGCGCGGACAUAAUAUUACAAUAUUUUAUACACACGUAUAUAAGAGUCUGAAACGUCUUUAAUUUGCAUGUGUAUUUAUUGUAAUUAUUAUAAUUUUUAUUUUUUUUUUUUCAAAUACAAACCGUAUAUGCUUUUAUUUUGGCGUGCGUGUUUGAAAUUAUUAUAGUAUACGGGACACCGUCGUGCCGUGUUCGGUUUUGGAAUAUUGAUCUAUGGGGACGACGGGACGAGACCUAUAAUGCAUAACCUAUACCUGAUAUUUUUUUUUUUCGUGGUUAUUAAACGUCCGCCACUGUGGCGUUAGGUGUUGGACGGAGGAAAGUUAAAAAAAAAAAACAAACAAAAAUAAAUAAAUAAACGUUUCCGAUACGCCGACGGAAUUUCAAACUCCGACGACUGUGUUGGAAGAUGGUAAACGCGCCCGCGCGAGGAUACCGGAGGCUUUCCUAUUAUACUACGUGAUCGGAUUACGUUUAUUUGACGGUAGAAACGACUAUGGUUACGGGAUCUCCUUGGCGAAUAACGUGUAGGCAUACCGGAAACAUGGUAUAUACAGGGGUUUUAUACGCGAGAUGGUAUCUUUUGGGGACUAUUCCGUGUCGCCGAGAUUAUUAUUAUUGUUUAGAGAGAUUGCCUGAAAUGUGACGGGUCUGAUAACGACGGCGAAGUGCUGCCCCCUCUCAGACGCGGCCAUCGAUGAAAUUUAUAGGAGUACAUGCCGCGCAGAGUUAAAGUACCUAUCCGGGAAUUUUAAUUUUUAUUCGUAAAUACGUCCCUAUAACAAUAUUCUAUACUAAUUUCCAGUACACAAUAUUAUACAGUAGUUAAAAAUGAAAUUAAUUUUAAUUUUUAAAUAAGGCUCAUCUCGAUAUAUUUUGUUCAAAAUUGAAUUUUCCGGGGUUUUUUUUUUUUUCAUUUACACGUUUAAUAACGAUAUUUUAUGAAUGAGAACAGUAUCUGGUUUCAAUAAUGAUGAAAAAACACCGAAUUAUCGAGUAUUAAAAGCAUUUGUGUCGACUUACAUACAGAAAAUAAAGUAAUACAUUGCCCGGAGAAAUUCAAAAUGAGCAUUUUUCGAAAUUUAAAAUUUAUAUAUAAGUUAUUAUUAUUAUUAUUAUUACAACAUUUUGUCGAACCUUGCGUGCAAAGUCGAUAAACCGUUCGAUUAGUGUAAAAUAGUACAUUAAAUAAACAUAUUUUAUCUACUGCCGCAAUUUUUUUCUGGAGAAGGUGAAUAUCCCCUAGAUUUAACUCUGUUUUGUAUGACCACGAUGCAUGAUGUUAUAAAUACAAUGACGUCGACAAACUAUACUAUUAUUACGUCAAUAAUAGUUUCAAAAUGAUAAUAAUAUGUAUGUAAUAUGUAUGUGUGUGUGUGUGUGUGUAAUAUAAUAUAAAGAUUGACAAGAUACGAUGUCAGAGAGUCAUGUGUACGAUAUUAUUAAGUAUACUGCAAAUUUCAGUUGUUUUACACCAACUAUUAUAAAUAUAGACGAUACUGAAAAUAUAAUAAUAUUAUGUAUAAUACGUCAAGUCGGUUUUCAUGAUCUUGACGAUAUGUGUAUAUGUGUGCGCCCAUUAUUAUUUUACUGUGAAUACUGUAUAGUAUGUGUCGUCGUAAAUAUGCGUUUUACUUCCUGUUGGAACUUUAUCAAAACACCGCUAUAUUGUGUGUUAUGGUACGCGCUGCAGUAUAAAUGGGUCAUCGACGAAGCUUCGAAAUAAUUAUUCUAAUAUACUUCAUAUGUUAUAAUAUAUAAUACUUAUAGUUGCUUAUAAAAUAUUAUGUGAUAGGAUACGCAGUCCACAUUGUAUGUAUGACAGGCGGUGUGUAUAAGUAUAGGUGUUUCGGCAGUGAUGUGCUCGAAAAUUUUAAAUGGCAUAGUAUGUCAUAUAGUAAAUAUAAUAAUAUUCAUUUUCUCGUCUUUAAUCGCUCAAUCGGUUUUCUGUGGUUUGCCGUGCUUCCCUUUCAUAACUCAAUUCAUUCAACUUCUCGUAACUAGUAUUCUUUUUUAUCUCUGUCAAAAUUUGUUUCGCGUACACCAUACUUGGUCUUUCUUUUCCGAUAUGACUUUCUGCGUAACUCAUGACGCAUUUCGUCCAAAUUUCGUGACACAGUAGAUGCCCCAUCUAAAUAUCUCUUUUAACUUGUAUGUAGGUACUAUGCCAAAGUUCUCAUUUUUCCUUUAUUUUGUUCAAUACUUCUUCGUUUGUUAUAUUUUCUAUCCAUUUAGUCUUAAGCGUUUUUCGAUAACGGUACAUUUCAAAAGCCUCUGAUUAUGUUUUAUUUUCUGUAGCGAUUAUCCAUGUUUCACAGCUAUAUAGUCCCACACAUAUACUUUGAAGAACUUUUCCCUUAUUAGUAAGGUCACGCUGUUAGUGGUCCGUAGAUGAUUUUUUUUUAUCCUGAAAAACCUUCUUUUCUUAUACCAUCCUGAUAACUAUGUCCGCUUUACUUCGUUCGUCUUCUGUUUUUUAACUUCCUAAAGAAUUGAAGUAUCGUACUUCUUUUACAUAUGUAUGCGUUGUUUUUUUUUAUAUUAUGAUUAAUGAACUUAAUUUUGACACUCGCCAUAAUAAUCAUGAUUUUUGAAUAAUUCGUAGAGUCUGCUUCUGUUAUAUAUCUACCUAAAAUCCGACAAUAAGAAUUUAAAAGCUAGAUCUAAAAAUGUUUAUUUAUUUAAUCAAGCUUUUCUUUGCCAUGUAAAAUUUGGUUGAAAUAUAUAAUAUGAUUUCAAAAUAAAAUCACCAAAUUAUUACUAUCAUAGUUGUUGUAAGCCAACAAGGUUAGUCGGGUUAAUAACUCGGGAGAAAAAAUAUAUAUGUAUAAUACACGUGCAGUAUUCCAGGUUUUACAGGUACCACCUAUGUAGGAGGAAAGAAAUUUCGGCGUUAUUGCGGGGUAUAUAGGUAUUUGAAAUUAAAUUUAAAGCUAAUUCGAUGGUUGCAGAACGGUGUUACCGGACGCGCGUGCACUCAUCUGCUAUAUCUUCUACACAUUUUCAAACUGUUUAUAUAGGUAUACGUUUAUUUUAGAUUCUGAGAAAUAUAUUCGAAGAAGCUAUUAUAUAGUUUUAAUAAAAUUAGUUUUUUUUUCGGUAAACAUAAAAAUAUACAAAAUUGCUGUUUACGUUGUACAUUAAAAGAUUUAAACUUUCGUUCGGCUGUGUACUUUAUUUGAAAAUAAUUUCUGUAGAUUUCGAACAGUUUUUCAAAAGAAUUAAUAAUAAAACAAAACUAAUACAUCUAGGUUUUUUUUUCAUAGAUAUCCUAAUUACAUUAUUCACUGCUAGGAGGAAAAAACAUUUUCAAUAUUAUAAUGAACUAGAGCUCUGAAUUUGUAUGAAUGUGCAUUUUUUUAACUGACUGCGGUAAAACAUAGCUUUUUUAUUAAGUACAUAUUUUGAUACUUUAAUUGCAUUUUAUUCUAAAUUUGUAGAGAUUUUGAAUGCAUAUUUUUUUUACGGUUUUAUGUAGUUAAUUACAUGCAGUCAUGGCCUUUUAAUACGGUUUCUGGAGCUCCACUCAGAAUCCUUUUUGAUGAAUAAUCAAAUCGUCGUCUUCGUUAUAUUUCCCUAUCCGAGUACUUGUAUUCUACAACAGUGGCCUACCCGUGGCACGAAAUAUGUCCGGUUCUUUUGUUUUGCAUUAAAUAUAAUUUUACAUCUUUAAAAAAUAUACAUCCCUUGUUUAAAUUUCUUUUACGCAUGGAAUUAAUAUCGAGUAACUUUCGUGUAUUAUAAAUAGGUGUUGUUCAAUGCAUAAUAAUAAUAUACAAAGUCAAUAUUUAUAUGAAAAACAAUAUUUUUUAUAUAGUAUAUUAUAGAAUCCCAGAUCAUCCCCGGAACGUGUUUUCGCAACGACUAAACGGCUUGUGUUUAAACAAUCGGAAUAAUAAUAAUGCUUUUUUUUUUUUACUUCUCGGUAGCUACCUUUGUAAUAAUGUUUUAGUAUUAUAACAUCACGAUCGUAUGCAUAUUACAAAAUAUAUAUAUAUUUUUAUAAUGGAAAAUUCCGUGUAUUUUUCAUUUUUAUUAUUAUUAUUAUUAUUAUUUUAAAAAUACUGGUUCGCGUGAUGAAAUUAUAAGGGGGAUAAUGUACGUAAUAUGUAAUCGUAUCGAAGAAUCUAGGCGCCAACAGUCUAUGUUAAAUCGCGUGCGUGCCACCCUCCCCUUUUAUCGCGACUUGGCGUCACCGUCGUCUCGGAAGGAGGAUUAUAAUAUUAUUAUAUCGUAUAAAACGAAAAACACAUAGAGUUAGUAUACGCAAUAAUACAAGUUUUAAUGCUUUUUCAGCUUUAUAGGUGAAAAAUAGAAAAUAUAUUCCAAGUAGGGGUAGAAGUAUUUUAUUACUAUAGAACAAUAAAUGAAUACCGUUUCACGUUUUCGAGCGUUUAAUUUUUCCCAAACUUUAGGGCAACGAAAUUGAGAAAUUCCAUAAAUGGCCGUUAAAAAAAACAAAUUUAAAUCUCGAAGUGUUCAAAUUUUACUGAAAUUAUUACUUAUUUUUCCUUAUCACGCUGUGAAUAAAAUACGUUUAAAAUGUUAACUUUACUCUAAAACUGAUCUUCUGAGUACAUAAAAUAGAAAUAAAUAAAUAUCAUAAUCGUCACAAGAGUUUUUUUCUCGUGGAUAUUGUUAUUUCAACCCGGCAAUUGAGUUAACCUUUAAAAUCAAUUAUUCCGUAUAAGAAGGACGAGGGUAAGUAGUAUUGUGUCAUUUGUUUCUGGAAUUUAUUUAAAUUAUUAAUGGAAUUUAAUCGAAUUACAAAGUUUGAAUUAGGGAAGUUGUCGUAAUAUUAGGUAGAGAGGUGAACCCCUGUCACAAAUCGCGUGUAGGCACAAAAUGGUGAUUGCAAAGGUACCUUCAGCUACGCCGUGAAUGGCACUGCAGGAAACUCAUCAAGUGCACUACGGCCAACUAAACAAUUUAUAGUUAUUUAAUUUCGUGAAAUCGAUUGUGUUUUGUGUUUCGAUAACACCGCAAUAGUUAUUUGUUUUUCUUAAAAGAGACCAAAAUAUCGUUUGUAUUCGAAUUGUUGUAAUUAUGUGCCUUGCAGUAUGAAGUCUUCAUCAAUUCAAUAAAAAAUAAGACUUUGGAAAUCGGUUCACUCUGUGACGCACGAAACUUUUCCUGUAAAACAUGUUUUUGAGCAAAAAAGACAGGUCGCGCGCAUGCCCCUUAAAGUAUCCGUAUACAACUUCCGUUAUAACAUAACGCAGUAAAAAAAAAAAAAAAAAAAAAAACAGUUGGUCUAUUAUUAUUAGUAGUUUUAUCGUAUAUCAUUCAAAAGCUUAUUUUUUUUUCCGAACGUUUCCUCCUGGCGUUUUUUUUCUUCUUUUUGUAUAUUUACAGCACGUAAACACAAAAUACAGAUGGCCGUAUAUCAUUGUCACAUAAUAUAUUUCGUGGCGUUUCACACACGUGUGUAUAUGCGUGGAAUACGCGCGAUUUUAUCUCUUUGUUGUGUUCGCCAAACACGUAUAGUAUUUAUAUUUUAUGCUGUUCCGACGGGACACCGCCGCCGUAUGGUUAUUCCGAAAUAACCGCACUUAUCGAACAGCUAUAACCCCGGUAACAUAUUUUUUCGUUCGGGCCAAUAGCCGAACAGAACGCGUGCUUAAAAGUGACAAAAAAGGCUAUACGCGAUUGUAUAUAUAACAGCAGUUAAUGAAAUAAAAAAAUAAAUAAUAAAUAAGGGUUAUCGAAUUGAAAAUCCGAUCGACGUGUUUUUUUUUUUUUUAAUUUGACACGCUUUAUUAUACAAAAAGGUUUUUUGCGACGCGUGCUGGAUAUUGUGUUUUUAUGUACCGAAAGUGUUCGGCUGUCGAAUGUUCUCUCGCAUCGAGUGCCGAUGAUACAUUUUAUUUUUUUUUUUUUAAAGGCCAAUGCCGCUGAUGGGCGCGCCACUUUUUCAGUAGGGGAUUUGGAGCGAGGAAAGAUAUAAUAUAUAGAAUAAUUUAAUUUAAUUUAUAUCUGUAAUGACGAUUAACCUUCUCUAGCGAAAAAUGAUUCUGAACAGAUUGUUAAAUUUGUCGUAUUUUUUCCCCGAGUUACAGGGACGAUAAUCCAGAAAGUAACGAAAUUUUUAGAUAAUCUGGUUUUUCUUGUUUAUUGAGAAAAAUAAAAAAACGACCGGCCCCAAUGCACUAUUAGAUAAAAAAAAAUGCUUCAUGAAAGUUCGUAAUCGAAAAACGAUAAAAUUUCGAAAGUAAUACUUAUUAUUAUUUUAACGUACCUACCGUGUACCUUCGAAGCAAAAACGAUGCGCUAAGGAGCAGCGCUUUUAUAUAUCCAAUCAGAUGUAUAAUCACGUGUAUUCUGGGGUACAGGGGUACUUCGCCUCUUCUCCCCACGCAUUUUAACCCUCGUAACCGCGGCAACGGUUGUGAAAAUUGUAAAAAUUCAAAAGGAACACAUAUGCACAACACGAAUAAUAAUCUAUAGGAGAAAAACCUAUCGCCUCGGUACCUUGUGAAUAUAAUAGUAAUUGCCGCGAACACCGUGUGCCGAAUCGUUAAACUGCCCACUUCCGGUGUGGUUUUUUUUCUUUUUUUGUACAUAUUCAUAUAAUAUAAUAUAGGUGUCUACCGGUCACAUAUGUACGUUCGAGUUCUCCAAAGACCACGGCGAUAUUAUAUUCGUAUUCUAUUAUCGCCGCAAUAAUUGCAUACGGGCACAAUGGGACUGCAGAGUAAUACGAACCCGUUUCGAUCAUUUUAUAUGUUUGUGUUUCGGUGACUGUGGUUUUUUUUUUUUUGCAGACGUUUUUUACGUAUCGAACACACAUGCGUUUUUCGCUUUUAUUUUUUUACUCUGCUCCCCUAUACAAAUGUAUAACGUCGCGAUGCCCCUGUUAUAUACGUCGGUUUUUUUUAUCCGCGCGUGUUCGGCAUAUACUAUAAUGUGUAAUAUACGAUUAUAGUAUAGCGUAUUAUAUUUGGACAGGUUGACAUAAUUAGGACUCUAUUCGACGACGAUAAAAAAUAAUGUAGGUAUAUUUCAUUCGACCGUUAUCGAAAAACGUGUUUUUGUCAACGGUCGUCGGGAAGAAAAUCGUAAUCUUUAUAAAUUUAUGUGUAUAUUUACGUAUAACGAUACUCUUCAAAAAGCGGUCAAAUAAAUGUAUAACAUAGUAGCACUCAUAACGCUCCAAUAAUAUAAUAAUUCGUCUCUAUUAUUAUUAUAAAUUAUACAUUUUUAAAAAAUUGUGUAACGAACAUUAACGUUUGAUUUUUGCAUUAUUGUAUACAAAUCAACCGCAGUGGUUCUUAAUCUUUUUGUUUUAUAUUCGUGUCAAGGACGUAUUUUCGAGGGUUGGAAGAAAGUAUUGGGCAUAGAUCUCCCUCUAGGUCUUUUUAAUUUGUAUGUGCCGCCAUAAGUAUAAAUAUAUUAAUUAGUAAGUACCUGCAAAUUAUUCAGUUUUGAAAUAAUAUUAUAUUGUUAACAUUACUAUUUAUUUAAUUCAUUUGUUAGCAAAUAAUAGAAUUUAAAAUUUUAUAAUAUUACUACUUUCAGUUCGUAAUGUACUUGAUACAUGUGAUAAAUAUUACUGUUUAUACGAUUGUAUAUUCAUAUUUACCAUAAUUAUAGUCAGUAGAUUGAAUUGAUUGUUAUUGUUAUCGAGAUUUACAAAUUACUUCGGAGAUUUAUGUCUAAAACAAAUGAAAUUAGACUGUAUUGUAAAUUACACGCAAAAAAGAAAAAAUAAUAGAAAACCAAAUGUCACCAUUAUUUAUUAUUACUAUUUAUGCAUUAUGAGUAAAGUACUCAUCAAAAAAUUGAUUUAAAUUUGCUCCCCCCCUUUUUUUCUCGAGAGAAAAUCCUAAACACGUCCCUGAUACUUAUCACCCUUAGCACGAGAAUUAAAUACCGCGGUCUACCUACUAUUGAAAUAUGCAUAAUGCGUUGCAAUUUUCUAUUAGGUUUCAAACCGUGAAUUUUAAAAUAAAAAACUACGAUCGACUAAUUUUUUUUUUUUAAUUGUACGCGGCGUAAAACCUUAAACGCAUAUUUUUACUUGUUCACUAUUUAUUUUAUUUUUUCCCUAAUGAUUUCAUGUCACACCCCGAAAUAACAUGUCGCACCGGUUGAGAACCACUGUUAAUAUAAACAUAAUGAAUUCAAUGCCAUCUAGAAAACUACGAUAACGUUAUUUGACAGCCGUAGUACAAAUAUCAAUUGCCCAUACUUAUCAUCGUUAUCAUAUUUAUACGUGUGUUUUAAAAUUAUUGACAAAAAUACAUCAUGCGGUAUUAUAAUGAUUACAAUAUACAUACCUAAUUAUAUGCACGUCAUCGGCAUACCGUCGAGAUUAAUUUAUAUCAGUAACCCAACAUAUAGAGCUAAUUAUUCAUUUUAUAAAAAAACAAAUAAUUUUUACUGUUUUUUUUUUUUUUUGUAUGUUAUGUUCUAUUGUAUGAUAAAACUCAACAAUAUAAUAUGUUGGGUAAUGCGCGUGUACGCGUGAAUAAAUCUGUAUAUACGAAAAGUCAACAGUCCGAUAAACCGAAGAAAAAUAAACGCGAGAAUAUAUGAAAAAGUUUUUGUUUUAUCGUAUUAGUUUGCUACGCGAUUUUCAGAAGAAUACAAAGUUUUCACGCCUUAUACUCGUCGCGCAAUAUCGGAAAAAUUUCCCGGAACGGUUUCGAGUAUUCCGAUCGUGUAUAUAUUUCCGAAAUCAUCCAGUUGUGUGUACGCCUUUUUUUUUCAGAAGGUGAAGAAAAGAGUAUAUUUUCCUUUUAAAAAAAAUAAAACGUCGUCGUGUACUUUUCGCUACAUAUAUUGUGGUACAAUAUACGUUUUACUCAAAUGGUAACGCGAAAUAUUUCAGCCGAAUAGAGUUAGAUUAAAAAGGAGUUCUUUAUUUAGGAAAUUCGGUUAUCCAAAAUACACAUUCUGAGCUUAUUUUUAAAAGUUCAACCAUUUAGCUUCAUAUUCGAAUAGGUAGUCGUUUUUUUUUUUUUUUGAUGUCAGUUUGUUGAUCAAUUCAAUUUCAUCUAAAAAAUUGCCCGGGUUUCUCUUACACAUUCAUCAACAUAAUGCAUUUUUUUGUUAUCGGAGGGAGGGGGAGGGAAACAAAAUGGUAGUUAAAAUUACUUCACUUUUUUAUGCCGUGCGUUUUAAACUUUUACGAAAAAUCCAGAAAAAUUCGCUCGAAACGUGCAUCUCCACAAAUUCCUCCCUAAAGAAAUAGAAAUCCGUCCGACUGAAAUAUUUUGUGUUACCAUUUGCGUAAAACACCAUGUAUAAUGUAAAAAUAUGUAUAACAACGAAAUAUAACAAAAGUGUAAAUGACUAUGAAAGUUUAUACGAAAUCGAUGAAACCUUAAAACAUUUAUACAUAUUCACGCAACAUAUAAAAAAUAAUAAUAUUACGCUGUGAUGUUUGCCCGUUCGACCGCGGGAGACGGCUAAACGUCGUCGUUGCUGCUGUCGUAUUUUUAUUUUAUUUUUUUAUUUAUUUUUUUUAUGCUCAGUAGUGAAACCGAAAGCCAUGAAGAGAAACGGUGUAAAAAAAAAACACACAACACGUUUGGCGGGACCCUCUCGAUUUCACGACGACGACGACCACGGGGACGAUGACACGGAGGCGCGCGCGCGCGGUGGCAAUUAGAUCGCUAGAUAACAAAACCUCAAUUGUACGAGAUAGUGACGUCCCAUUGUUUUUUCUCCGGAUUUAAGUAUAAUAUUAUUAUACAAGGUUGUGGCCGAUGUCAAUGCAAUCAAAAACUUUAUGAGAACUCCCUAGUAGCAUUUAGUAGCAUUUCUGAUUUAGUUUUUGUUCAUUGAAGAUGUCAUUUUUUAAUUUUCCUUGUAGUUUUCUUAAUAAAUUAAUAAAACUGGCAACGUUUUGUAUAUUUUUUAUUGAUUUAUGGGUUACUAUGUCUAUUAGGGAAAAUAAACUACUUAAAAUACUCUGCUCAGUACCGUUUAUCGUUACAUAUCCGCUAUCGUUACGUUCAAAUAUAAAUUAAAUUACCUUAUAUAUCCUCCUUUCCAACUUCCCACCUAAAACAAUGACAUAUACCCAUCAGCAGUAUCAGCUUGGUUUAAAAUAGAUUUUUAGAGCAUUUAAAUCCAGGCUAUAGAAAAGUAUUACCUAUAGAUGUUUACUAGUAGUAUUAUAUAAGUCACGUAAAACUGGAUAAAAAAAAAUAUAUACGUUAAAAAAAUAUUUCGAAAAAUAAAAUCAACUAUAAAACGGUAUAAUUUACAAAAUUAAAUACCAUAUACGGACUCUUUGAAAUCGUGUUUUCCCUCUAUAUUACAUAAUUAUUUAAGGAAGUAUAUUAUAUAGGUACGUGUGUUGUAAUGUUGUUUUUUGUUUCGGGCAUCAUAAUCCCGACUGUCUGACCGUAUAUUAUUAUAUUAGCCAGUACACCCUUUUAGUUGCCGUGUAAAUGCCACACGCGAAAAAACAAAAAAUAUUUUCCCUCGUUAUACAUUAACAUAAAAUAUGUAAAUGUAUAGUCGAUUAUACGAGUGUGUAAUAUACGUGCAUACAAUCUAUUAUCUGCCUUUAAAAAAUGCAUUAGACUCCUUUAAAAUAAGUACACGUGUGUGUGUGUGUAUAUAUAUAUAUAUAGCUAUAGGUACUCGUAUAAUAUUAAAAAUCCAUAAUAUAUAGACGAAAAAUUGACCGAAAAACGAGUAUUAUAUGCUUAUAUAUAAUAAUAUAUACCUGUAUAUAAAACAAAUUAAAAACGCAUGCGAGUAUAGUGAAUAAAAAUUUCAUAUUCGUGUCGAAUGUUGAAUAAAAUAUAAAAACGUUCGCGUGUAUACACAGCAUCGUAUCGUACCUACCUACAUACCGAAUAUGGCGAAAAGUAGAAUAAAACGUAAACGCGCCAAAUUCCGAGUGUAACGUAACUAUUACGUGCUAGGAUGUAAAAUAUAAAACGAAUAGACUUCCAAAGGUUCUUUUUCUAUAUUCGUGUUGCGGGCGAGUGCGGUGUUCAAAUGGUUACAACUAAAUUAUCAUUCUGUAUGUUAUCCGAUAUUCACGUUCAUGUCGUUUACGUGUAUUCAUAUACGCAAAUUGUUAUUAUCAAUGUGAAUUUAUCAUUAGGUAUUAUUAUUCUGUCGAGGGCAACAUUCUUUCAUAAAGUUUGACUUACGGGGCGAUGCGGUUUCGGUAAGAUUUACUAUAAUAUAUUUUACACGAAGAUUUUCGAGUGAAUUCGGUUUUAAAAUCAAAUUUACAACCGUUGCCCGCAAUGGAAAAUUAAUCGUCCCGUAGACACGAAUAUUUUACAAGAAUUGCAUAACGUAGCAGCGGUGUUGGAAUGCUCAUAUUAUAUCUCGUCACUCUUCAUACUUAUAACGACAAUACCGUAAUAUUAUUGUUUCAUCUGCUCGUAAUGUUUUUUUGAUUCAAUCGUCGCGUAUACUACAACCAUCACCACUACCACAGCAACAGUAAUACAUGUGCGUACACAUAUUAUUAUGAUUCGUAUCCGAUGAGUUUAGUUCGAAUUUGAGGAUAUGAAAAGAAUGGAUGAAAUCACAUUAUAAUUACACAUUCUUGGCUGUGCCAUCACACCGCGGUUCAAUUGGUAAUUACGUUUAGGUUAUGGUCAUAGGUUAUGUUGGGUUAUAUUAGGUUAGAUCUGCCGACAAACGAAGGACGAAAAUAAAACCGUAAGACCGCGUCCAAUUAAAAACAAUUUUUGACCUACCUUAUCCUGUUGUGUGCACCAAAUCCAAUAAAUUAUGUAUAAAUAUAACGUUUUAAUAGGUUCCUCCUCUCGGCUCCUCUAUUUACGAGAUGAACCUUGUAUAUUUUUUUUUACGAUCGUUAUGACGUCGAUUAUUAACUAAAACGUAAAACUGUCUAUAAUAUAAGAAUAUAAUACUAAACAUCACACCACUGCUGUUGCACGACAGAUACUGCAGCAGCAGCUAUAUAAUAUAUAUAGCAUUUUAAACUCCGAGAACGCAAAUAAAAAAAAAAUUGGAAAAAAAAACCUUCCGAGAAAACGUAUUAACAUAAUAUUAUAAUAUUCCAACAGCGUAUAUUGUGUUCGGACGGUUUUGCUCCAACAAAACGUAUGCCCCCGACUCUAUACUCACAAUAAUAAUAUAUUAUAACGUGUAAAAUAUACGAAUUUAUAGACGAUUGUUACGACUAGUCGGUUUAAAAAUAUACGAUCUUGUAUCACUCGUCGCCUCGCGAGCGUAUUUAAAAUAAUAUCAUAUUCUUACUACCUUCUUACCAACCCUACACCUUAAAUAACGUAAAAAUCCUGAAUAAAUGAACGACUCGUCUGAAAAAGUAGUUCUGCCACUCGCCAUGCUCUCUGAUGACCACGAACAUAUACAACACUAUACAAUACGUAUUAUCACAGAAAUUUAAUAUGGACCAUGAGUAUCUUUCAUUUGUUAAUUUAACACUCUUGGUGUUCAUCUUUACACUAAGCUAGAGUAUCUAACAAAUUAUCCGCAUAUAUUUCCAUCUGAAAUUUUCCCUUCGUUACCCAAAUGUCGUUCCUUAUGAAAUGCGCUGUUCACCUCUCAUUUUCCCUUAUUAGCGUGUUCUUGUAUAUUAUUAACUUCUGCGUGUUAAUUUUACUAAGAAUCUCUUUGUCUCUUAUAUUUUUUUUUUCCGUGAGGUUAUGAGAGCUCUUUUUCAACACUGCACGUCUACAGAUUCAAAUGCUUCAAUUUCGGUUUUCUCUGUCGUAAGGACCACCCAUAGGCUUUUACAGUUACGUCUCGCUCCACAUCGAGGUUUUAAUUAGAACUUUCUAAAGAGUGUCUAAACUUAUCGUGUUUACCGCUAUACCAUAUAGUCUUAUUUAACAAUAUUUCGUCUCUUGUAGACUUUUGGUUUUUUUGCCCUCGUAAACGAAAUUCGGACUCACGUAUUGGGAAACACUGCAUGAGUAUAUAAAGUGCAAUGUACACAUAUGGCAUUGUUUUUGCUCACCGAGAACAAAAGCGUCUCCGCCGCCGCUGCCAUGUCCCCGUAUUACAUGCUCUGUUUAUUCAACCAGCCGCGGCCGUUAUACGUGACGGAUCCUCGAGAGUCGCGAAUGACGACGAUGACUCAUCCAAAAGCCAUUGGAAAAAACAAUAAUAAUACUAUAUAUAUAUAUUCGUCUGAGGGGGUGGUCGGAAAAGGGCUUUACCCGGUAAGCACACCCUGUAUGUAUAAUAUGCCCGGUACUCCCUCGCCGCCGACGGCGACAGUUUUCCCCUCUGCGUGGCAAUAUAAGACUAUUGGUGUACACUGUAUAUACUUAAUAAUAUAUAAGUAAAAUAUCGCCUGCCCCACCACAUUGCCUUCGUAUCACCCUCAUCCGUUAACCCUUCAAAGUCCUUUUACCGCGUGACCUUUUUUUACAUAAUAAUGCGUAUAUUAUAACGUACGAACAAAUUUAUAUUAAUUGCAAACGUUCGCCGAACUAUUUUUUUCAAAAGAUUUUAAUUUUUUGUAUAAUUAUGCACAGUAAACGCUAUAUUACACGAAUGGUUCACAUGAUAAUAAUUAUUGCAAUAUAUUAUCAAAUAUAAUUUUAAACUGAAUAGAUACAUAAAUAGUUAUCCACGUUGUAUAUUUCAAAGGUUGUCGGUUUUUACUAUAGUAAUAUAAAUACUAUAUGAAGCGCCUAGAACAUAAGUGACAUUUUAUCAAUUUCGAGAAAAUCAAGUUUUAAUUUUUUUGUACAUCAUAUAAUUAUUAUAGUUUAUUAUCAUACGAUCCACUCUUCUUGUAGUCGAAUGAUAAAAAAAAGACACUUGGCAGUAAAGAGACAUAAAUGUAUUAACAGUUGCUGUGGACGCUUGUACCUAAUUUACUUCUAAUCUAUUUUGGCAUUAUCAUAUUUGAAGACUAUUUUAGUGCGAUUUAGUGUCAAAUCGCAGCACAUUACGAUCUUAUUUUUCUUUACCAUGAAAUAAAAUGGAAAAUUUGUAGUUCAGCUGUGCACUCAACUCUAAUAUUUUAUAACAUUCAUUUUUUACACCUACUCCCUGUGUUCUAGGCGCUUCAUAUAGUAUUACUCCACCUUAAUACGAUUUUUAAAAUAUCGACCCUCGUUGCAAAUUCGUAACAUUAAAUUUAAAUGAAAAUUUCAAUGAAUAUUUUCAGAAAAUUAUAACGAAAAAAGAAAAAAAUACUAUAUUUAUUAUUAUAUUAUGCAUUCGGGUUAAAUAUGCAUGCAUGUCGUGUGUCGCAAACGAUAUUAUGAUACAGUAAAAAUAUGUUUUUUUUUUUAAACACACGCGCGCUACUGCCGUUAAUAGCGUCUAAAAACAUAAUAAUUACACCCCGUUGAUUAUAAACACAAGUGCUCUUAAAAGUCUCGAUUUAUUUUGUUACAGGUCAUUAUAUAUGAAUUAUUAUUUAAAGAAAAAAAAAAAAACGUUAAACUUUGAUACAUAGCUAUAACAUUUAUUUUGUAUACAUUUUAAUUGUAAAACGUUUUACGACAGUGCGUCCCUUUGUUCCCAUUUAUUUCAUACAUGCAUUAUGCGAUAUUAAAAACGUCGGACAAACUUCGCAUACCCACGGGGUUAGGCCAACAGUAAAUUAUUGCGAUCAAACACCGAUUCUGCAAAAUGUAUCGUUACAGUUGACAGUUUUUUUGUGGUUUUUAAUAUCUAUAAAACUGUUGGGCUUCUGGGAAAAUGUUUCAAAUAAAGUACCAUAACCGGGCAACAAAAAAAACGCAUCGUUUAAGGAUGUAAUAUGGUGUGAAAAAAUCGAAGUAUAUUACUAAUCAAAAAAAUGUGUUCCGAGAAAAAAAAAACCUCGUCUAGACCAAAACAUUAUUAUAGCUUCUUCGUGGCUAAACACUCGGAAUCUAAAAUAUAACUCCCGUGUCAGGCUCAUGAAUAAGGGGGUGGGAUGAAAUUUGGAGGUUAAAUUUACUGUUAAAUAUUGGUUUUAUCGAUUUAAAAGUAAGUUUACUUUUGCAGAACUCCCAAAGUAUAAUGUGUAGUCGAUAAAUUAUAAUUUGUAUUUCUCCACUUUUCUCUACCAUAUCUCCCUGAUUCCCAUUUACGCCACAGAUUCAUACAUUAUAUAAAAUUAAAAUAUUGUCAAAUUUGACAUCACCAUAAUAUUAUCGUGAUUUGUGUAUCCACAACAAUAAUAUUAUAAUAAUAAUCAUGUACGUACAUUUGAAAUUUGCUUCCUUUCGACCGGCGCCAUCGGAGCGGCGGAAAUCCGAUUUCACCGUAAAUCCCAAAUGGGCAGUGUGCACGCGUCCGCAUUGCAGUAUUAUACGUAGGUGAUUGUAAUAUUAAUUACUAUUUAGCGUAUAAAAUAUUUUCUACUGGCGUGACGAAACCCAUUUUUAUUUUGUUCGCUUAAUAUAUAAGAUUGUCUGGUGUACCGAUAGUUUUUGGUUUAACAGUCGACCCGAGUUUGACUAAAAACUGCAGGAAAUAAACCAACCGGACGAGACAUCGUCGUCAUUUCUCGCGAGGGAACUCAGAAACCGCCACCGUAAAGGUCAUUUAUUGAUGAUUUUUUUUUUCCGAUAAUUCAUAUGAGAAAAUGAUUUGAAUGAGUAGGUACAUAUUACAUACCGAUAAAAUCCGUGUCAUUUAAGAUAUAUUACGGUAUGAAAGUUUCUGAUGAUUUUUACUAAUCGAAAAUAUACAAAUUUGUAAGAAAAAACACACUGUAAUAGACUCAUAGACUCGUUAACUAUAGUAGAUUGCGCUUUCUACACUCUUUUACCUAACGGAAAAAUCAGACAAACAUCUGAUUAGCAAAGAAUGAAGUAGAAUAAGAAAAUACUUUUUCCUAUAUUAUUUGAGAAUUUACGAUGAAUCGAUGCUUUUCAAGGGGGAAACUACGAAAUAUUUCUUUUUCAUUUCCAGGAUAUUCAUCCCAUUUUGCCUAUCUCAUGAUGUCUCACUAAUUUAUACUCAAGGAGUGAUCUGCUAUAGAUUUAUAUGGCAAAGCUGUAUGAUAAAAUAAACUUAAUUUCUAAUUGUAGCCAUAUCAUACUGAAACGUUUUUGUUUGAAACCAUACGGUAGCCGUAAUAUCAGCUGUGAUGGUAAUACCUUAUCGUUUCUUGGCCGUUAAGGAGAUCGGUGACCCCCUUGAUUGUUAAAUUUGAACAUUAUUUUUACAUUCUAAUGGAAAUCUUAGCGAUAAGGUUUUUGUCAGUAUUCUACUUGCUGAUACCCAUUUUAAGCAUAAUUGGUACAUUUUUGAAAAUUUCAAAAGUCAAAUAACAUUUUUUUUUUUCAUGACUUAAAAUAAUUAAAUUUCUAUUUCCGACAUGGCCUAGUACCGAAUCUAAUGAACCAAAAUUGAAAUCUGUCCUACACAAUUCCUACAAUUUUAUCUGGAUUUUUAUCCAUAAAUCUUGAUGAUGGUCUAAAAUUAUCACCCUUGUCCUUAUCACACUCUGGUCUUUAUUGCUAUCGGAUAAUCCGCAAUAUCCAAUAUAGACGUAUAGUCGUUGUUUAAUAUACAAGGCCGUGUUGAUAUGGGGAAAACGAAGACAUUUGCCCUGGGGUGUCAAAGCUUUUUAAAACUAUAUCGGGUGCCCAUCUCGGUGCAAAAACCCGAAAUAAAAUUAACAAUAUCAAUAUUAUAUCACUUGUCAGUUGUUUUAUUUUCAAACGCUUUGCAUAUAUGUUUAAUAUACCUACCUAAUUAUAAGAGUAUAGGUACAACCCAGUCACGUAUAUAGUAUAUUAUGUGUAGUAAUUACUAUCUAGAAAAAGAUCCAGGUGUAAAAAAAAAUCAUAUUUGAUGGGGGGAAAUAUUUAAAUUUUAAUAUAAUAGAACCGUAAAAAAAAACAAAUUCAUAAAGAGUAGAGGGGGUUGGUUAAUCCCUCAAAUCAUCCCCGGGUAAGACCUCGAGAGAGAGGGGCGCUUAAAAAUCGACAACGUCCCUAUUUAAGUUUAACGCGGUUACGAAUCGAUACAUUAUAUGUUAUAAUAUUAUGACCGGACGACCGGAUACCACGAUGACCGGAUAAUCGCGUCGAUUAUUAUUAUUAUUGAAUGCGGUAAACGAUACUCUUGAUACACGUCGUAAUAGGUUGAUAAUAUUGUAGUCUAUUAUUAUUAUUAUUAUUAUUACGACGAUGAUAUCGGGAAGCCUUUCAUCGUGUUUCGCUCCCGCGGGGUGUGUGCGGGCUGUUUAGACGCCGUUAUAUUUCGGGCAGCCGUAAAACACCGGCGAUCGAUUUCGCGAGGCAGUGGUACCGUUUUGCCGCAGACGCCCGCCGUACCCGGGAAACCGCACGUGUCGUGUUAUCACGUGUUUAAUAACAAUAACAAUGACAAUAAUAGUAAAAAAAAUCGUCUGCGGGACCGGUAAUGACGACGGGUGCGCUAAAAAAAGGUUUCGACGCUUCGGGGGAAACGUGUCGCGCAAACCCGCGAAAAAGGACCGUGUCCAAAGAGAGAAAAAAAACCAAUAUAUUAUAUUAUUUACAACCAAUAUAAAUUCGUCGCGAGUUUUUCGUCCAAUGAAUUCUCCGCGCGGGAUAUUCAAAAAAGAAAUAAAAUAUAACGAGUCCGUUUCUCCGUCUCAAAACUCAAAUCUUAUAUUCGACUCUCGAUAGCGAUAAUAAAUUUUCGCUCCCCCGUUCCUAAGCCGUUUGCGGUAUUUAUAAUGUAUUCCUUGGUCUCAGCCUUCUAUCCUUCAACACACGGGCUAGUAUAGCAGGACGGGGCUUAUAUCAUAUCAGUGAUUCCUUCAAUUCUCGAUAAUUUUUCAAAGUUAUUUAGUUUUUUACUCGAUUCCCCCUUAAAACCACUCAGUCACACUGCGAAAGCACUUGAGCGUUUCACGUAUGGUAACGCCGUAUUUCAAAUGCUUCUAUAACAGUUUUCUCUUUUCGAUUGUGCUCGCCGUAGUCCGUAACGUUUCACAUCCGUAUAAUAAUUUUGCAUAAUUAUUAUUAUUAGGUAUAAUCUAACCCUCAACAACACGGCCCGUAGGGAAUAAUCAAUGUUAGAUAUAAUAUUAUGGUUUAAUGGUUACGCAAGAUUACAAAGAAAUGGCGGACUAAACAUAUCGCAAAAUUAAAAUAAACAGUAUACAAUAAGUAAUAAGGUGGAAUUAUAUUUUGUUUGGUAAAUUAUUGGAGCCGGUGACAAAGUCGAUAGCUGUGUCCGCCCACUGUAAGUGACUCGGCGAGAGUUCUUCUAUGAGCGGGUGAGAUCUGGUAGACCGCGAUUUCCCCGACUAUCGACGUGAUCGGUGAGAAUAUGUUUGAGGACACCGCUGGAGGAAUAAAUCCGUAUAAUAAUCGCACGCCUAUAUCGCGGUAUAUCUUCUAAAUGUUUUUUCUAGUCCCUAUAUAAUAUAAUACGUAUAAAAUAGAAAAUUAAACGUUAUAAUAUAAAUACAGUAUUUAAAAAUCGUAAAACAUUACGAUAAAUAAUUAAGUUAAUUUAUCAUUACAUAAACCUGGCAACGAUCACAAAACGUAUUUUAGUGUAUUGCGAAAUAUAAUAAUUAUAAUCAUAAUCAGAUUUAUUAUAAUAUUAUACGGUCUGUGGACGCCUCGGGUUUCUAAUUAUAAUUUUAACCCUCUUGGUAUAGUUCGUAUAUAUUUUAUACGGAACGAUCUGAGAUAUUAUAUAGUUACUGUUAUACAGCACUAUCGCCAUUAAUUAAUCCUUUCUCUCAGUGUUUAUUUAUUUGUUUAGUUUUUAUUUUUUCAUUUUGACCCGAGUCGUCGUUAUAAUAAUAAUUGUACUUGAUCUCUUAUAAUUCGUAUUAUUUUUCUCGUUUAAAAUAACCAUUAUGCGCGCGUUUUAUACGUAUAUAUAUAUUUUUUUUUUUUUCACUGGUUGAAAGAUAAUAUUAAUAUGGUUUAAGAAAUAAAAAAAAAAACAAUAAUUUUUCGUCUGUAUACGUUUUAUUUUUUUUCUGUUUCACUUUUGUUUGAAAUAUAUUCAGAGAGCACAUUAUCGUAAUAUUUCUAUAAAUCUCGGCCUGCAUAAUACUAUUAUCUACGAGACCAGCUGCGCGUUUCUCUCCGUCAUUAAUAUAUUAUAAUAUAUUUGGCCGCAACGCGAUAAAUAUUAUUCUUAAGAAAUUGUGUACAAGAAAAAAAAGCAAAAAAAAAACCUCGAGAUGUAUCAAAAAUCAAAAACAGGCCUAAAUAUUCAACACUAUAAUGAUAAACUUGCAAAUUUGGCUUUGUCGUAACGCGAAAACAAAUUUCUUUCUAACCGGCCUUUUUCCCUUUUCUUUUUUUUUUUCACGGCUGCACAAAACAAAUAGAUAUGCAAAUGCUGGAAGUUCUGUAUGCCCUACUUAACAUUCAUCAAGCAUGUUUUACCGGAAUCUUUUGCGAUACAUAAUAAUAAUAUAUAAUACCGGGUACGAAAUUCUAUCCACUCCGUCAUCCAAUAUAUACGAGUUUCGCAAUGUGCUUGGCAAUGGUUUGCUGCAGUGUCUGAUGUUUGUGUGGGAAAACGCGACUUUGACAAUGGCGCGUGUUACGACAUCGUCGUGUACACAUAAAAACAAUACUCGCGCGUAAAACGGGUCUCGUCGGAAAACGCAUAAACUAUGGCGAUUUUGUGUAUACGUUUAGAAAUGUAAUAUUUACGUAAUAUUUUUUUUUUUUUUUUUUACAUGUACGUAUUUGAAAAAAUUUACUCGAAUUUCGUAUAUUAUUAUUGUCGUGUGUCCAUAGUAGAAAAACGGACGGGUUUUUCGAUACGCGCGUCUCUUCGAUCCGUCGCUUGUAUAAUAGUAUUGUCUACCUACGUACGAUAAAUCCAUUUUUUUUUUUUUUUUUCAAUAUACCCAUUAUAUGUUAUUAUAAUUUUACCCCAUUCGAUCGAUUCUUUUGAAUAUUCCGGUCUAUACCGGAUGGUGAUUGCAGAUAGAAUAGUACGUUCGUAUAUAGUUAUUCGCGAGCAAAUAGGCACGAUUUUCCCGCCGACUCGAAAUCUCCCCGGCGUGUUUCUGCCUAUGAUAUAUUUGCGUACGCCACGUAUGGUAAUACUCGCGUGUAUGUCUGACGAAAACGUUUUUUCUUUUUUUUUCUCGAAAUUGUAUUCGAUAAUAACAAUAAUAUCGUUGUAUGCAUUAUAUAGUUUUAUAUGUACUGCAAUAACGCGGCAUGACGCGUUUUUAUGUAUCCCUUAUUAUAUCAAUACAAUCCGAUGCGUAUAUUAUGAUAUACGAUAAGGAGGCCAGAUUUCCGUUCGAAUAUAUGAUCAUAAAACGAAACUUUUUUUUUUUGCCCUUAUGGCAUUUACGUUGUCUCUUUGUCGGUGUUUUCGAAUUCUCUAAAUCUAAAUUCUCUAAAUAUUCAUAUUAGCACUCGUUAUCGAAGGUACAAAAAGUCGUGUUUUACAUAUCAUUAUUCGUUUAAAUUUUAUUUAAAUAACUGUAACUUUUUAUAAUAAUCAAUAUUUUUAAAAAAAACGCAUUCGAAAAGUUGUCUUUAUAAUGUCGUUGUCUAUGUGUUUUUUUUUUUAUCCCUAAAAUCGAUUUUAAAGACCUUAUCGUUCGUUUUACGUGAAGACGGUUUGCGCACAUGUGCUUUCGCGCGUUGGUCGAUGUGUUUUGUUCAACCGACAGAAUUUCUUUUGUAAAAUUCGUAUAUAGAAUGUAAAAAUUACAAAUAUAUUAGGUACACUAUAAGUUGGUUAACUUUUACCGGUCGAUCGUCAUAGGUACUCCGAAUAAAAAAAGGGGGGGGGGAAACCGUUUCAGUUUGUCGGGGUGCGGUCGGACAAAUAUCCAAUACUCGUUUCGGUCGGAUGUUUGGUUAGGGUUUUGAAACCCCGAAAUCACCCCGGGUGUGUAUUUACACUUCAAACCGCGUCCGAGUUCGGCCAGAGCCGAAACGUAACCAACUCGGUUUCAAUUGGUUUUGUACGGGAAUUUCGCAAAAUGUAACACUGCAUCUUGGUCUAAAUGUGAUACCGUUCCGAUAAUGUCCCCAAUGUACACUCAAUAAAUACGUGUUGCGUAUUUUACGCGUUUACAUGAUAUUAUUUCGCUCGGAACUCAUAUGCGGUCUGUAAAUACGCUCCCGGGGCACUAAUAUAUAUAUACAUAUAUAGUAAUUUAGUUAAACGUACCUUUUUGAAUUUUUUUUUUUCAAGAAAAAACCGUUCGCGCAGUCGAGUCGUUGUGUUAUUGUUGCGGUGUGGUAAUCGUGUUCAUGUACACGAGAGUCGUAAACCGAAUACCGUAUUCGACGUUGUAAUAAUAUGUUUGUAAGUAUCGUAAACCUGCGCACCCGUAGUUAGAGGAGGGGGUGGGUAGGGUAGGGGCGGGUUGAAAUCGUCGUCCGUGCUCGGGUUUUGUCGUUUUGAUCGCGUGCUGGACCGGUGGAUCGUAUAGAGAAAAAAAGCGUUGGCGCUGUGAACCGGCGUAAACGAUUUUGAUAAAACCGGUCGACGACGGUUCGCUCUCUGUGGCGCGACCGAGUACCUAUAUAAUAAUAUGGUAUCACACGGCGUUUUACAGAGAUGGGUAUGAGUAAUAAAUAUAUAUGUACAAAAAAAAAAGAAAGAAAAACGUUUUAAAUACAAUGAACGUAUUAUUUAUUAUAAUAUGUAUACCGGCUUCUCGGUUCCGCCCACUGCUGCGGCGUACUAUAUUCCCUCGUGCUUUAUUGUAUCUAUGCAAUAUAUAUACGACCAUUAUUUUUUAUGCGCGCGAAAUAGUGGAAAAAAACAAUAAUCGUAAAAAGAUUUCGAUUCGGUAUUAAUUUUGCGUUUCAAAAGGCAGAAAAACCGCGCGAGUCGGCAGUCGAUCCGUCCGCACACGUGUAUAUCCUGCUCAUUAAAAAAAAAAAAAAAAAAACUAAAACCUUUUCGCGCGCUUUUUUUUUUCUGUUACGUUUGUACAUUUUUUAACGGCUUAUUUACACGCAUACAGUAUAAUGUAUUGAUUAUUAUACAUAUUAUAUACGAUAGAAUUGCUAGGAAAGAAAAAUAUAUUUAUAAAUAUAUUAUGAAAUGUAGGCAGGAAUAAAACAUGUUUAGUUUAAAUAACAAUUAAUAAAAACGUGAAGGGAACGAAAUGUUUAAAUAUAUAAUAUUUUGAAUAUCGUUAUAUUACAAAAUCAAAACGUUUAAGUGGAAAACAUUUUAACGUACUGACCUAUCAAUUUUACUAAAUAGACCUCCAAAUUAACGAAAACAAAUUUGUUUUAGAACUCUAUUAGAAUAAUUUAAAUUUGUAGUUGAAUUGACACGUUUUUGAUAAUUUAAAAUUCUUAGGUAGGUAUAGGUACAAUAUUUUCUCUUAUUAUUUCAGAGAUUUUUUCUCAUCAACAUAAAAGAACAAUUUAUGUUUUACGUCAAUUCACAAAAAAAAGUAUUUAAAAUCAUUGGUGUAAGCGGAGUUUUUUGGUCUUUCAGAGACCCGUUUGUGGUAAAAAAAAUAAAAGUUAAUUAAUUUUUUAUGAAUGGCAAAUUUGACACUCUUAAAAUUUUGCCGCUCCGAGCGCCUGCUUGUUCCGCUUGUAGAUAAACCUGACGCUGGCUAAGAUAAUAUAAUGAUAAUAGAACCUAUAUCGUCGUUUUGAACGUUUUAUCUAGCGCAACGUGACUGUUUAAAUUUUGCAGAUUAUUUCAAAACGUGUGUAUUCCGAAAUUCAGCAAUGUUCUAUCAAAAUGAUAAAAUUCUAUGAUCUAAAUUCCCAUUAGAUCCACCGUCUGAAUAUUACCGAUUUUUCUGAUUGAUAUUUCUUAUCAGUUCUUAUCGGUCGCGAUUUAAAUUUAUGUCACGGAUCAGACGCUUGUUACACUCGAUAAUAUAGACAAAAAUAUUGUAAUGAUAAUCAUAUUAUCAUAAUCGUGUUCCGUUAUCCAACGCCAUUCAAAACACUUUGGUAUCCGACAACCUUUCAACAGAUCGUUCAAUCGAAUUUCGGAAGGUAAGGUAAUAUUAUAGUCCGUCCGAUAUCUAAACAUCAGGUGAAUCAACCUACUUUAUAGCGUGAACGAGCUGUAAUAUUAAUUUAAUGUCUGUCCUUCAUAGAAAAUUAUUCGUGCAUAAAACAAACGCCCUGGAUAUUUCAAUCGCCGCCGACCGAUAAUUAUUAUUUAUUUAAUUGAUAUUCCGUAACAAAAUAAUCGUUUUGCCUCGUGCCCUGUCGUCUAAAUGAUAAUAACAAUAUUGUGUACAACGGGUUCGCCUCCAAUUACGUCGUGGUUAAAUAUUUAUCAACGCAUUAUAUUUUAUCGAAAACCGUCGUCGUCCGAUGUAAUAGAAUAUCACAUCAUGUCGAUUAUCAUGUGUAAAUUAAUAACACUACGUGUACAGAGCGAUCAGUAUAUCACGAACCCGCAAUUUCCUUGGGUGAUUUCAAGUGAAUUUUUCUGUUCUUUUUUUUUUCUUUUAUAAUCAUUAUGAAAUCGUUUAAACUUUAUUUUAACUGUUCACCCCUACUCCGGAUAUCUUAAACGAGUGUACAGUGUACACCUUGGAUUUUCAAACAGGAACCUCCUUGUUGAACACAGAUUCGAAUAAAGAAUUUUUUUCUAAAAAUGUUUGUAUAUGUAUAACACUAAUAUCGGAUUUGCCGUUUAUGAGCUAUAACAAAUUAAAAUGCAAACCUUUACUACUGAAAGAAUAAAUGGCAUACCCAUUUUUAGAUGAUAAAUGCAUACUUCCUCCCUACUUCUCCGGUCCAAUCUAAUCACUCAUAAACGGUAAAUUCUAUACUAAUAUUAUGUGUUCAAAAGAAGCGUUGUUAUUUGAAAAUCUAAAACAUACACUCAUUUAAACUACACGGAGUAGGGGUAAAAAUUUAAAACAGUGUUAAAAUAAAGCUUAAGCGAUUCCCUAAGAAUUGCGAAUAAAACGGAAAUCAAAUUCACUAACAAUUCCCCCGAGAAAAUGACUGGUUCGUGAUAAAUUGAUCACUCUGUAUACAGCCGUAUUUUUUUAGUAAUACGAAGGAAACGUGACAAAACUUAGUAAAUCAAAACUUAGAAAGUCAUUUAUUUAGAUAGGCGAAUUUGGGACGUGCCAUCAUAGUGUAUAUUAUUAUUUUCCAAAUUAUGCUUUUACAAGUUUAGGAUGUCCAACGCGAAAUAUUUCAAGACUGACUAACUAAAUUUAACACAUACGGUUUGCCUUUUUUACAUCAGAUUUUUAGUCCUACUUUUUUAUACUUUUAAUCUAAAAAAUAGCCUAAGUGAUAAUCAUCUAAAUAAUUUAUGAAAACAUAUAGUUUUAUUUAAAAUUUUUCGAACAAUUUAAAACGCAUAGUUUUUUAAAAAAAAAAGAGGUUCGGCCAAUUUUCUAACGGGGAGGGGGGGGAGAGUAAAGAUAAACGUAAAAUUGCACAUAAACGCAAUAUAAUAUUACUCUUACUCUACUAUUCUAAUUUUUGUGAUCCGAAAACAAUUGAAUCGUUCAAUAAUAUAAUAUAAAUGCUUUGUAAAAAAAAAAAUAGGAGUGUUUAAACUAAGUGCUGAAAACAUAGUAAACAUUUGUAUUUAAGAAAAUGAUAAUUUUAUCGUUUUCUGUUAGCGAUUCGAAAAAUAAGCUCAAAAUGUGUAUUUAUUGAGUAGCAUUCCUCUUAAGUAUUCGGAGUAUUUUAAAAAUAAUUUUUUUUGGAAGUACUCAAUACUGACUAUAUAUUCUAAGCACGUUAUAAUAAUAUUUGAUACUUAUAUAGGAACUGUGUAACGAUUGUUUCGACAAUACUGUUUUUACCUGCUCGUAUAAAAAAAAAAUUCCACUUUUUCCAAGACGCAAAUACUGAUAUUGUUAUACGCAAUACAAUAAUAUAAUAUAAUGUAUUAAGUAUGAUGAGGGUUUUUUUUUUCCCUCGAAAACUUUGAAAUUAAUUACUCUGAUUGAUGGUAAAAGAAAAAAAAAUUGAUUACUUUUUAAUGUAUUAUAUAUAUUAUACUGGCUGUUUAUUCUGUGUAUCAUUAUACAUAGAAUGCCCUCGUAGUUCGACGAGGUUUUUUAUUUUUAUUAUUAUUAUUAUUAUAAGCUUCGUAUAAUAUAUAAUUUUCCCAAUAGCAUUUUGUGUGUUGUAUUGUGUAUUAUAUAUAUUUACCUAAUAAGUACCUAUACAUGUAGGUAUACUUCCAAAUAUUGUGUUUAUUAUUAAAUACAACCCCAUCGUCGAUGAUUAUUAUUUUUUUUCAACUUGCUUGCGGGCGCUUUAAACAUAGGUAUAAUGCUAGUUUGAUAUGAAAAAAAAAACACGUGUCGUGUUUUCAUCGAAUAUUAUUGUAUACUAGCUGUGGCGUCGGCGAUAGUAUUGGUUCUAUAGAACAGGUGACAGGUGCCGCGGCCGUCGCCGUAAAUGAAAUUCGGAAUGAUUGAUUGAUUAUAGUUUUUCCAAAGACGAUGUAAAUAUAAUAUAAAAGACAACUCGAAACUGACGUCAUCUUGUAUAAUAACGUAUAAUAAUUCGAUCAAGGACGGGGUAUAAUUGUAAUUUUUCUUUUCGAUAUCCUAUUCAUGAAAUAAAAACGCCCAUUUUCUUUUGGUAUAGGUCAUUUUUAAUCUAUACGCGUAUCGCCUACCUUCCCCCCCCGUUUACUAAUUAAUCACGGAAUUCCACGUGCGUGCAUUGUGACGCGUUCGAUUGUCAUUUUUAAUAAAAAUGCAAAACCGAUUGUACGAUUAGAUAUUAGACAUUGGGCUUUUUUUUUCAUUACGGGUUAUUUAUUCGAAAAUGGUAAAUAAAAACACAAUUAACAUGCCUAUUAUUUUUUGAAACUUUUGGAUAUUUAUCGAAACUGCAAUGCGGUUUUCAUUUCGCCUAAUUCGUGUAUAUUAAUAGUUUGUCAGCAGUGAACGCAGGGAAGAUUUUGAAGGUUGAAAUCCACCACUCUAACCACUCCUCUUCCGAAAUAUAUAGUUUCCUUUAACUUACGCAAUAUUAUGUACCAUAUAUGCGUCCGUGUUCAAAAUCGUUUUUUUUUUUUAAAAAACUAAUUUUUCGGUAUUUUGUUUUUGCAGAUUCGUUUGUAAACAGCCAAGAAUGGACUUUGUCUCGGUCCGUUCCGGACCUGCGGCUAGGCAUCGUCGGUUCGCUGUCGUCCGGAAAGUCGGCCCUGGUGCACAGAUACCUGACGGGCUCAUACAUGCAAGAAGAGAGUCCGGAAGGCGGCCGUUUCAAAAAAGAGAUAUCCGUGGACGGUCACAGUCACUUGUUGUUGAUCCGAGACGAAGGAGGUUCACCGGAGCUACAGGUUAGUUAUUCAAAAUUAUUAUUGUUUCGUUUAUUAAGCCGAACCCUUACCCGUCAAAUAAUGACAAUGGCCCAAAAUGUCACUGUUGUCAACCGUUUUCUCCCAAAAUAUCAUAUAUACCGUAAUUUCGUAUUUAUGAUGGUGUUUGUGCAUUAUCACUCCACCACGUGACUAUCCGGCUCGGUUUUUCGGUCACUAAAGGUUUUAAGUUUUAAAUAUUUACCGCCAAGAUUAGAAUAAUUAGUCUAAAUUAAUUCAAAUUUCCGUGGUAUUCACAUAGGACACUACUAACUUCCUUGAGCCGUUUCAGAUUUGGACGUGGUGGAUUUUGUUUUUCAACGGUGCGUGCCGCUUUGGCAACUUUUUCUCUUUUAUUGUCUUUUUGACAACUAGGUAUACUGAGUGUAUAAUAUAGGUCCUCGGAAAAGCCGCGGUUAGGACAUCGCGAGAAUUUUAUCAAUUUCCGGAAAAUCGAGUCAACAACGGCCGCCCCGACGACCGUGUUGUGUAUAAUAAUUCCAUGCAUCCUACAGAAGGAAUGUGUUCGCAUAUUGUUAUUUAAAUAACCCGAAAACGUUAAUGUACUUUGCGGCCGACGCUACGGCGGCGGCGGGGAGGACGGAAGUCGUUAUUGCAUUAAGCCGAGGGGAAAUCCGGCCGCUCUUAAAUUCGAUGCAAUCACGCGAACGAAUAUAACCGCUCGGCGCUACUGGCGAUUUCUUCGCGGACGACUAUCGAUCAGAAACACACUGCUAAAGAAACAACAUACAGGGUAAUAUUUUUAUCUGCACGAUCCAACGAUUAUUCACGACGAUUUUGAAUGAAAUCGACGUUGCUUUUUUCAGUCGUUAAAUGAUUUUAUUUACUGUUUUUCAAAAACUGUACCCUUGUUCCGUGUAUACACACUAUAAACACAUAUUAUCAAUUUUUGAUUUUAAAACGGCAAUAUUCCCCUUUUCAAUUGAAACGCGGUAAAAAAUUAACUAAAAUUCGUUUUCGGCGUAGUUCGCGGGGAAUUAUAAUAAUAUUACAAUGUUCUCUGUACGAGUCCAUACGAGCUUUUAAAAUCCCUAUAAAAUAUGUGUUCGCUAACUGAUUUUCACGUAUUUUUUUUUUUGAACGCGUGUCUGUCGAGAUUUUAAUUCUGUAUUGUCUGUUCGACGCGUAUUUUCUCCCGGGAAAAAUCGCGUCUUCUGAGUGAGUGCUGUGCAGUACAGCCGUUGAAAUACGUUAACGUUGUAAAAAGUUCGCAAUAUUUUAACUUGAUUCGUUAAAAAGACGAUAUCCAUUCGCGUGUACAUGUAUACAAGUCGUUCGCCACUUUGACUUUGACGUAUUCGCCGUACCACUGUAUAGUUCCGAACGUUCCGGUCCCAAGGGGCGUCGCGAAUAAAAUAACUUGUAGCAGUGUUAUAAAUAUAAUAUUAUACAAACGCAUAAUAAAUUAUUAGUAGGUAUAUAAACAGACCUACGUACUAUCGUCUUGCAAUCGCACGACAACUUUUACAAACGAAUUUCGCGUCGCGUUAUUUUUUGUUGGGGGGGAGGGGUUGGUGUGACGACGUAAUAUUUUCCACAUAAUAAAGUGAAUGUUUUCCGUUUUCCCGUUCGCGCGGCUGCAGUUGUCGCGUGCGUCUGUAUUAAAACUUUUCGAAACUGUCAAAUAUCCGAGUAUAAUAUUUCAUAUUCAAAUAAAGCGCGUACUCGUGCAGUGUGCAGGAAGCGUAUUAUUAUUGUUUCGUCGUGUUAUAAUAGGUAUACGGGUUUCGCUAAUUUAUAACUAUUGCGCACUUAAAACGCCGUUUUUGUUAAGGCCGUUUAAUUUUUUUUUCUCUCAAAUAAUUAUACAAAUUAAUUAUAGAGAAUGAAAAAAAAAACGGUUAUCCAAGUGCCGCUUUUAAUAAUAAUAGGUAUACAACUACAACACUCGGUCGGCAUUUUUAUUAAAAGCCAUUGUUUUGUAUGUAUAUAUAGAAAAAAAUAAAAAAAAUUUCCUAAUUUUCUUUACUUAUAUUAUAAACAAUAAAAACAAUUAGCAAUCGUCUUUUUGCGUUCAAAACUCUUGUUAUUCGUUCGUUAUUCCGCGUAUAUUAUUCAUCGUGGUAUAUUAUAAAUUAUCAUUAAUUUUUUUUUGGUAUACCUACACGUCAGGUUAAUAUACGGUUUUAAAAAUAAUUUAGUAUCAUAAAAAAUAAUACAUAUGCUACUAUCUGCAGAACGUGUUUCAAUAUUUGAAUGGUCCUGUAAGCUUUUUUAUUUUAUAAAUUGUAAAUUAAAAGUAAAAGUAAAAGUAAAUUAAAAAAAAAAAAACCAAACAAAUGGAGCGUAGGCCCCUUCGAGCAAAAAUAAUUCAAAAAAUUGCAUACCGAAUAUCGAAAUUUAUUUGUUAUUUAGAUACAUGUUAUUAGACUGAGAUCGUCAUGUAAAAAAAUUGUUUAAUAAUAUUAUCACUCGAGAAGAAAUGUUCCUUUUGAUAAUUGCACUUCGUACGAUUAAUACGCAUUGAUAUUUGUUGUUUUUUGUUCAUAAAUGUUUAUUCCGAGAGACCUUGACAAAAUUAUUUAUUAGUUUGAACUUUACUAACGAUAAACUGCAAUAGCGGUAAUAUAAUCUCAACGCGUUUAAUUGAACAUUUAUAUUAAAUUGUUUGUUUUAUGUGUCAGAAUAAUAUAUUGCAAUAACAAUUUAACUUCGAUUAUUCAGUAAUGCAUACAGUGGUAAACCGACGAUUUCAAUUCCUUCGCAAUUGUAUUUCAUUUUUUUGUUAUUAUUUAUGAUUUUAUGAAAUAUUACUAAAGUCAGCUUUAACACCAUGUUUAGAACGCGUUCGACACAAUCACUGCACCAGACGAAACCUCUUAAAACAUAUCACUAUUAAUUACAUAAAACUAUAUCGUCGAAAUAACGAAAUUGCUACGAGUUGCAAUUUUGGUACUAUUGCAUAGAAUAUUAUUAUAAUUUAUGUAUUCGGUAGUAAAUAUCACAGGGAAAAAUAUAUCGGAUUUUUUAAAAUAUUUCACAGGAUUCUAAAAAUACAAAUUAAUUACUAUACACAUUUUUAUAAAUAGCAUAUGACAAGCAUUUAACAAAAACAAAACAAAUUCCUUGUUCUGUCGCGACACUGAGUAAGUAUUAUUGUACAUCCGUGUCGGUGAUACAUUCAUUAUAAAAUAUGACAUUCAGUCGCGAUGAUGUUGACAUUAUAUAUAAUGUACGAAAAACAUGUCAAUGUAAAAAAUACAUCCAUCUAAAAAUGUAUAAAUAAUAUUAUAUACACUACCACAAUCUAUAACGGACGUCACAACAAAAGGAACGCGAUGUAUUAAUAAAGCAUAUUAUGGAUAGUAUGCCGGUGUCACAGAAUUUUAAUACCUAGGAAAAUCAUACCUCCUCGGCAGUACGAUAAUCCUAAGAUAAUCUUAACCCCAAUACCAAAAUCCUAGAAAAUAUCUAACUCCUAAGAUUAUGUAAUGGAAUUAUGACUUUCCUAGCAUAAUCAUACCAGCCAAAAUACACACAGUAGGUAUGAUUAUAAUAUAGGAAAAUCUUACUUCCAAUCAAAAUUGACUUUGAAUACGUUUCAUAUUCCAUUAUUAAGUACAUUCUACACAACAAGUAAGAAUAUCCUAGGAAAUCGAUAUUGAUACUAUUGAUAUUUGGUGCAGUGUAAAUUAGUAUAUUAUAUUACUUGCAAUUAAUCUAAAAUGUAUUCUGGAAAUACCUCGUUUGAACUCUAAGCUUUUCUAGCUCAUUACAGUUGUUCGAGGGCUUUAGCCGUAGAGACUUAUACAUCUUAUAGAACUUAUAUUGGUAUAGAUUAUUAAUCUCGGGGUCUUGAUAGCGUGAUCGUUGUACCGCAUACGUAUCCGAGAGAAUGAACGAGGUGUGAUAAAGAAUAACUCUGGUCUCCAGGACAGCCACUAAAAACAUUCCGUGUUAUUCUCAGGCAUGUAUACAGAGGGGAUUUAGAGAUUUCACCCUCCCGAAAAUGCAUCAUAUACUGGUUUUAUAGUUAAAAAGUUAAAUUUGUUUUCUAACUAACUUCUGUGCACGUGUCGGAUUAUUGUCAUUUAGUCUUCGGGAAGAGGUCCGCCCACUUCCACCCGUUAUCAUGCUGCUGAAUGCUCCUUCUAGACUUUUUUCUACCUGUCUUCUAUCUCUAUAGUAUAUUGUUUCCAUCAAUCGAUAUUUCCCGUUUUGUCUGGGUCUUCGCUUUAAUUCCGUCCGACCGAAGCUCUCCCUUGCAGGUAUUUUACUUGUCGCUCGCCAAUCUAUAUGCAUGCAUAGAUAUACCUUUAAUAUAACCGCUCUAAUAUCGUAUUGCUUUUCCCCGCUUAUUACAUAUGUGUCCAAACCAGACCAGUGUCUACCCAUGGGAUACAAUCCUAACAAAAUCAUUUUGUUAUCUCACGUUGUAUUACGUGUAAAAAUACAAAAUAUUAAAAAAAAAUUUAAAAAAAGUAUUUUUAUACCUGGUGAUUCAUUUAAGUUGGUACAUUCAUUGUCUCGAAAAGUAUAAAUUUUCUCCGGAAUUUGUUUUCUAGAAUAUUUAAGAAAAAAUCUGCUUUAUAAUUUUAUAUUUAUGUUAAUUUUUGUCACUCUUAUUUUUGGGGAUAAAACCACUAUCUACUAUUGAUUUUCAAAUGGCAACCUAUAUUAAAAAGUCCAUAAAAUAGGAGUAUUAUUUAAAAUAAAUUUUAAUAUUGAAAUGUUUGAUUUCUGUAAAGUUGUUUACGAGAUAUUCCACUUUUGAAUUGGUAGAGUAGUGGUGCAUUAUUAAAACACCGCGCGCCGUACCGCCACACAUAUGAUACUCCACUACUCUCAUCCAACUCAAACUUAAGAGUGGAAUAUCUCGUCAACGAAUAGACGGAAAUCAAAAAUUUGAACACUAAAAUUUAUUUUAACUAAUACUCCAUUUAUUUAUAGACUUUUUAUUAUAAGUUUCCAUUUGAAAAUCAUAAGUAGUGGUUUUACCCCCAAAAAUAAAGGUGACAAAAAAUAAUAUAAAUAUAAAAUUAUAGAGCUCCUUGUUUUUUUAAUGUUCUAGAAAACAAAUUCCGAAAAGAAUUAGUAUUUUUCGAGAUAAUGAGUUUACCCACUUAAAUGAAUCACCUGGUAUUGUAAAAAUGAAAUUGUAUUGUGACGGAUAACCGCCAAAAGCGGAUCCGGCCAACGUAAACAUUAUAAUGAAUAUAGCGGUUCUAUAAUAUAAUAUUAAAGUAUAUAUAUAUAAAGGUAUUUCUUGAUUACGAAGACGGUGAUCUCGUGGGCACAGCUGUUCAGUUGACGACGAUGAUCGGCUGUGAAAAUAUAGAAACGUGGACCGGGCGCGAAUCGUGUGUGGGAUAACCGACACGCUGCACGUUUCGGGGAUUAUUUUGUCAACAUUUACUUCCGACCGAAGGAUUCUUUUAUGAUACGCACAAUAUAGGUAUACACUGACGCUCAUGCAUUAUUGUGAAAUAUAUUUUUUCCCCCAAUGCAAUUUAUCCCCAGAAAAUUGUACGUUCGAAAUAGGUAUCUGCAGUUUACCUAUAAUAUUAAAAUCUUUUUUCUUAUUAUUUUGUUUAGCUCUUGUUCGUAUAUAUGAUUUUCAAUGUUAUUGUACAGAUUCUCAGUUUUAACAGAGUGGUUUUUUUUUUUUUUUUUAGAUAAUUUUUAUUCUAAAUAGUACUCGGAAAAACUUAAGAACUUAAGUCGUAAAAUAUAUUUGAUUGAAAAUUUUGCUUGAACGAGUCAAAAGGUAAAAUUCUCUUGCUACAAAAAAUUGAGAAAUAUACGCAAAUACUUUAAAUCUAGACUUUUAACCGUCGUCGCUUGAACAUUCAAAUUUAAGUUCCUAUAGCUGACUAUGUAUUCAUCAUAUACUUUCAACAUGUCAUUGAAAUAAAAAGUAAUAGUACCUAAUAAAAAUUGUAUCUAUUUUAAUUAAUAUAACAAAACAAUUCACAAUUUUCUUAAGACUUACAAUAAUUUCUUCUUUCUUUUUUUUCUUUUUUUAAUUUCGUCUGUUUUAUUUUAGUUAAUUGAAUUUAAGUGUUGAUUAAUUUAUAUAUUUUUCCUUAAACAUUAUAAAUCAUAAGAAAGUUAUAAAAUGCCCCAUGUAGGACAGACAAAACUUAGAGUAAGCUGAGCAAGCUAAACCCACUUAGUUUUGUCUAUACGCCACCCAAUUUUUGAAAUGAAAAUUAAUUUUGAAUAACAUUAUAAUUUUCUAUUUCCUGAACCAUUAUGAUCAAUGUGUAAACUGCAAAGCAUUUGUAUCAUCAUAACUAAAUAUUAUCAUAAUAUUGUAGGAUUUUAGUGAUAAUAUUUUUUUUGUUUAAAUAAAUAUUAAAUAUUUUAUUAUAAUUAUGACUGUUAUCUAACAAAUAUAGCCCAUCGUAGUUUUAGGAUACUUCCAAAUAAACUGAUGAAAACGCCACAAAUAAUAAAUUCUGUUUUAAGAUAAUGUAAGUAAUACAUAAUGUGUACCGUGAACACAAAACUGUUACUCGUACCUAGUAUUAUAGUCAUUAAUUUGCUUUACGAUCAGAAUCCAAUUACUAAAGUGAUACGAUAUCCCUUUGAAAUAUCAUUAACAUAAUAUAUUCUGACCUGAUUAAUAUUUUAGUCACUAGCUCUAGCUGUGCUCCCUAUUAUCCGCUUGGUAUGCUGAAUUUUUUUAAUAUUUUUUUUUCAUACGUAUAGUAAAUUAUUCGCGUAUAUUCGUUCACUAUACAUUAUAAUCACUGCAAUCACUGCAGCGCGUUUCUUUAUGAAUAUUCGAAAAACUUUUUAUAAUGCCCUGUCAUAUAAUUAUACCGUCCGCGGUCUUGGGUGUACAAUGGUAGCGGGUUCUGCUUUAUAAUCAAAUCGAGUCUUUAUUAUUAAUGGUUAUAUCGUGGAAAAGGAAACGGGGAGGAAGAUGAGGGGUGGUAAGUAAGGAAUUGCGGGAACGCGUAGUUCGUGCAAAUAUAUAUUUAUUUUUUUUUCAGUGAUUUUAUUUGGUCGUCCUUCUGUCGGUGUAUUUACACUUCAACCCCUACCCCCUUCCCCUCCCCGCCAGUUACAUACACACACGCGUUUAAAGACUAUUGGCGACGGCGGUUUAGUAAAAUAGAUUAAAACCUCCGGGACGGUUAUUGUUCUUAUUUUCAUCCCGGCGACGACGACGACGGCAACGGAAAAGGAAAAGUCAUAAAAUAACAUUCAAUUUGAGCCGGAACGCCCUAAUGUCAUCAAAAUAAGGCUGUUUCGUCGCUGCCGCCGCCGGUUAUAUUAUAUGUGAUAAAUUUACGACAAAUUAUUAUGUGUGUAUGUGUAUGUACGAUGUAUACGACAGUAUGUAGUCAUAUAAGUAAAUAUUCUUCUCAGAGAUGUGAUGGGAUAGACAGACGUCUCCGGGGCAAUCUCUCGUAAAUUUUAUUACGUAACGCCGUCAAUUUGACGCGUAAGUAUACAUGGUUGCAGUUUGUCGCAAUAUUAAACGCGCCCACUCUGUGUUCACACAAUAUAUAGGGUAGUUUUUGUAUGUUUUCUGUCUGAUUCUUCGACACGUGUGUACACUGUAUAUACAUAUGUAAAUCUAUAUACAUAUAUAAUAUAUAAAUCUUAAUUUAAAACAAAAGUAACGUCACGUAGCAAAUUAAAUAAAAGAUAAACGGCUGAUACAUACAAUAUUAUCAGAAAAUUGCUUGGACAAGUGCAAUAAACUAUUACUACCGUGGCAGUAAAAUAACCUAGAACGGUAAAAAUAAAUCAGAAAUAAUAAGUAAGAUAUUGUAAAGGAAAAAUAUAUCUUCACAAUAAAAAUCAACUGCGAACAGCACUGGACUCGAUACUAAAAAAAACUUUUUAAAGGUAAACGUAUGGAGUGUGACGCUAUACGGUUUAGUUUGACGUGAAUAGUGAACUCGAUCGAGAAAAAAAAGGUAGAAACAUUUGAAAUGUGGUGAUGUUACUGUAAUAGAUGGUCGGACAAUUGCGUGGUGUCACAGAGCAACACAUGAAGGCAUUUUAGGAACAGAAUAUAUAAGGGAUAUUACGCCAUGAUGAUAGUUUAUUGAAGUCGAUUAUUGAAGGUUACGUAAGAGGUAUAUCAAUUGAAAGACCGAGGAUAUAUACUGCGAGUCCUUAAGGGAAUGAAAAGUUAUCGAGAGUUGGAGGAUUUGAAGAAACACGCAGCGGAAAAAAAAGGCACUAUACUUGUUUUUGUCCGACAACGGAUAUUUAUGUACGAGCGUGCUUAAGGUUGGACUUUUACCGUUAUUGUUUUGACAUUUUAGACUCUGAGUGAAACGAAGAACCUUAUGGUUUUACAAAGAUGUUUAUUUUUUUUUUAUCUGUUAACAACUUUUCUAGCAGAAGACUUGCUCGGAUUUCUAAGUGUAGUAUCUUUUCUAAAAGAAAAUCGGUGUGGGAGAGGUACCUUAAGGGGGUCAUUUUUCGAUAUUCUUUAAAGUGUUUUCAUAAAAUUUGAAAAAUCGAAAAAACCAGGAAAAUGUACGAAAUAUAUAACUAAAAUAUUACUAUUUUUAAUCCUGUGCACAACUUUUCUACCAGCAAUUUUGUUCCAACUUUUAAUGAUAGCAAUGUUUCUAAAAAUAAUUUUCACUAGCAAAGUACUUGAAAAAGAUCAUUUUUCGAAUUAAACAAAGGAAAACCGGGAAAAACUUAAACAAAUCGAUACAACAUUAUACGAAUAUUAUUAAUGAAAAUAUAUAAAGCCUAUUUAAUCAUUUUACUAUAAAAUGACAUGUAUAUUGUUGACAAAGCAACACUAGUGAUCAACUAAACUCCUCUCGGAACCUUUCUUUCGUAAGCAAUGUUUGACAGGUAAACAUUAAAUUGUCUAUGGUGUCUGCACCAUUGACCUAGGAUGUCUUUGUAUACCUAUUUCUUCGGCUCGCGUACCUAUUAUUUUGUUUGUCUGAAAAUGGGAAAUCGUGAGAAAAUGUAAAAAUAACGCCGUUCGUCCACUGUCGUAUUAAUUAUUAUUAUUAUUAUAUAAUAUAGCUAAUUUCCGCCAUCAAAAUUCGGGUGAGAAAUAAGGCACAAAUCGAUUGUAAUCGAUUGUGACGUGCGGUGGUGUGCAUUCUCUUGGAUUUUUCGGCGAUUGUAUUGCUUGUCAAAUGAGUAUUUUGGAAAUGAUAUUAGGUUAUAAUAGUAUAUGUAUAAUUCCGUGAGAACGAUAUUACUUUAUAUCCGUGUAUUGUUGUACAAUACGGAUGUCAAAGCCGGUGUGCUUUGUAUACGGUUUUUGGUUAUAUUUCGUAUGCAUCCGAUAGUGUUCUCAUCAAUUUUUUUUUUUUUUUUAGAAUAUACUAGUAUAAUGUGCGUGCCCUAUGCGAGAUAUUUUAGUGUCCAUAUGGUCUUAAACAAUUUUUUAUAUGAAAAUAAAAAUCAAUUUAAAAUUAUAUACACAUAAUUAAUAAAAAUUUCCAAAGUAAAAUGCUCAAAAUUUGAAAAAAAAAAACAAAUUAAAGUAUCGUUUAUCACAAGAAAAUUAUGAAUUUGUAGUUAUUAUUACUGAAAUUCAUAAUAUUUGUAUUACUAUAUUAUAUAAUGGUUUUAGUGACACAAGACAUAAUAAUAUAUUACCGUGAUAAAUUUUUUGUUUUUUGUAGAAUACUCAUAUUAGCCAUUUUUUUAAAGGUUUUAUUUGAUAGGUAUAACUGUGCGGAUAAAAUUGUUUAACCAAACAGAAAUACUUGACUAUAGAAUACAAGAUUUAUUACAAGUUGUAGGUACUUAGUGGUCGAGAAAAAAAAGUUGAGUGUCGUGUAGGAAUUUCUUUUUUUUCGUAAAAGUUUUAAGAUCAAAUUUUAACGAAAAUCGUAAAAAUCACAGCGUUUUUGAAACAUGCAUAACUGAACUUUGCUCAGAAUCGUAUUUCGUCUGAAAUGGUUCAUCGUUGCUUACAGAUGUAAAUUAAAUUUAAAUCGUAACGUUUUUACUAUUUUACUAUAUCGAGACUGUGGAGACUAUUAGAGAGUAUACGUAGUAUACCGGUGAUUUUUUUAGCAAUAUGUAUAGUACAUUCUAUAUGGGAACACCGCUGCAUAUGCUUCUAUACAUACAUAUAUAUACAGUGUGUGACAUAAUAAGUGUAUAUAUUGUGUGUGUCCGGUGAAUUUGUUGUUGAAUUAUUAUUGGAAUAACGUGAUUAAUCCACUUGAAACUUUUCGCGGGAUUUUAUACGAUCAGAGCCGAUUACUGCGGCAGUUGCCCUCCUCCCCUUCCUCUCCUGCCGCAACAGGGAAUAAUAUAUGACGGUUGGGGAAAACUGGGAUCCUCGGUGACCGUCAAUAUUCCGGUCCGUUGGUUCCUGCAGGUUUAUCUUUUAUAUAUACGAGUAUAAUAAACAAUAAUUGUCGACGGCCGGUUUUUUGAUUUUUUUUUUUUUUUUUUGGCCCCGUGACGCUUGAACCCUCGCGCCGCCGCCGUUUCCGACCUUCUUGUAUUAUAAUUUGUAUGUUGCGCGACGUGCAUAGGUUAGAUUAGAAGGUACCUAAGUGUACGCGCCGCUAUAUUAUAUGAAGUAAAGCGAUAUAAUUUUUUUUUUCGCGCCUAAUCCGACGUUUAUAAUAAGAUUUUAAUACUGUGCACGCACGUCGCACACGUAUAUUGUAUAAAAGAAGGUGUCGAAAUCACGCGGGACCAAACGAUACGAUUCGAUAAAUACUGUAUAAAAACCUACAUACCAGAAAAGUGUUUGCCCCUUUUUUUUUUCUGGCAGCCACUGUGUUGUAACUUUACCGUCGUCGUUUAUGUACGUACCCGAUUCACCUCGAUCAAACCCGAAAGUAGGUACCUAUAUAACCUACCUAUAUAACGCACUAUGUACCUUUACACGCGCUCGCGCUUUUCACCCUUUUGACAUGCAAAUUAAUUUUAUCGCGUACCACUCCUAUAUCUCCAAUACGGGUUUAUUAUUAUUAUAUUCUUCGGCUGGCCAUUGUUUUAUAUAUAUAAUAUUAUUGUGUAAAAAACACGUCGCCGCGACCGUUUUUCCGUUAUAACUUUAUACCUGGUAGUUCUAUAUAUACCAGUUUCGUUUACCUGUGACAUUAUAUUAUAAUACUAUGACGACGUGCGUAAAACCUUCGCUACGAUAACAAUAUGUACGAAGAUAAUGAAUGCUGCACUCUUCUGCAGGUGUUUUAUUGAAGUUUUAUUGCGAACUCACUUCAUGAUAUUGUUGUAGGUAAACAUUUGUGUACGUUUUUAAAAAUUGUGAACUUGCGGGUAUGAAAAAAGUCCCUGAAAGUGUAUGCGUGAAAUCAUGUGGUUCUAUAUAUGGUUGCGAAAAACAUGGACUAUCGGUACAAAAGAAGAGAUAAAUCUAGAGGUUUUUUGUAAUGCGUUGUUCCCGAAAAAUGUUUAAAAUUAAAUAAUAGACGAGAAUAACAAACGAUGAAGUGCUGGUACUGAACAAAAUUUAAAAAAAAUCCAAGAACAUUGACGUAGCAUAAAUGUUAGAAGAAAAAAAUGAUUGGGUCACGAUAGCUGGACGAAGUGCUUCGAGUGACGUACAAGGUCAUAUCAGAAGAGGAAUACCAAGGAUGAAGCUUAUAUAACAAAUCAUGAUAUAGACAGGGAUUAGGAGAAUUAUAAGGAGUUAAAGGAUUCAAGUUACAAUAGGAAGCAUAAUGGCGAACCGCAGCAAACCAAUAUAGCAAUUGAAAACGGAAAAAAAGAUUGUGUACGUUUUCUAUUUUUUUCCAACAGCGUUUCCCAGUUGUUAAAAAAAAACUACGGAGAAAAUCAAAAAAUAAUUUUCUAGGUAUAACAACUAUUGUAGACAAAAUUUGCUACCAAAAACCAUCGCCCCUAUAAAUUUAAUGAUCGGAACGAGAAUUCUGGUAGAAAAGUUGUUUGCAAACAGAACCCUCCCCCCCAAUCAAAAAGAACCAAUGCAUAUUCCUCGCGUAUUCUCUCGCUCAGAAUUUAAAGCGAGGUGAACAUUUCCCCGAGAUUCCACGUUAUAAAAUAUUAUAUGAAAUACUACGUAACAUAUAGCCGUACUAUUGUCUAUUAUUACGUUUAUUUGUCUAUAUGCUUAUAAUAAAAACGAAUGUUAACCGUGGAAAACGUCGAUUGUUGGGCGAAAACAGCUGGAUCAAUAACGCAUCAAUUUGGGUUACGGUGCCACCGAUGCCGCGGUCGUUGUCAGCUAAAACUGUGUCGACCGCUCGAAAUUAUUCGCGUAAAAUGUUCGGGGAGGACGCUAUUCGCCUUAUAUAAAUACAAAGUACGACUAUAAUAUACAAUAACACGUUUUUUAAAUAGGAUAUUUUCAAAAUAUUUAAAACGUGAUAUUUUAUUAUUAAAACAAGCGAAGAAAUUUGACUACUAUUUUGUUAAUCAUGUGUGCCUAUAUUGAUAAUCGUAACAUUAUUUUGAAGGAAAAUCAUAUUUAUGUUUCGGUAAUUUUUAAAAUAGCAAAACAAUAAUUAUUGUAUUUGAAUCGAUCGCUUGAAAAAAAUUAUGACUAUUCAAACCUAAAAGCGCUAAAACGGUUCCGUUUAAAAAAUAUUUAUAAGUUAUAUUUCGCACGUACGUGCACCACAAAGGUUAAAAAUUUGUAAAUUCAGUCAACAUUUCUGUAUAGUUCGAUUCCCCUCGCUUUCCUUAAUUCUCUUCUCCUCAUUUCAAUCCACGUCCAUCCAGCUGAACUAUUUCGUGUUAUCAUUUGAGUCCGAACACACGAUGUAUACAUACACAAUUUUCGAAAACUUUUCAACGUUCUUUUGCAGUGUUAAUCGCUCUCACACACCCACAUUAUAAUAUAUUAUAAUUUGUACUCCAUGUGCUAGUGUGGGUUUUUUCCCCUGGGCGGGAUCAUUCAACUUUUAAAACUCCUCCUCGUCCUGGUUAUGACUAGCGGCCGCGAAGGGAGGAUACAUAUUUACCCUGGUUCUUUAUAAACGGUUUACGUGUUAAAAUUUAUGGCGAUUACCUAUAUAAAAAAAUUAACGCACGUGUUACAAACCAAAAUUAACCUUUUCCGCCUUGUAUUUAUUUAGUGACGUUUACUACAGAAACGUCGUCGACGUGUUACACAAUGUAGACAAUGGUUUAUGAAACAUAAAAAUAUUAGUGUAAGUAGAUACUUGAAAUCGUACACUAAUUCUGAGCGUAAUUAAUACUUGCGAUUAAAUCAUUAUUAUUAUACGCGUAUAUACUUUCGUACCGUGAUUGAGUUACCAGACACAACCGUCCGAAAAUAUCCGAUCGUGUCUGCGAUUCAUAAUCUGUUUGAAUGUGGGGCUGAAAAAAAACCCAUAUAAUAGUAUUAUUAAAACUUACCUAAAAUACUAACGAAAUGUAAUAAUUUUAAAAUGUAUUGAUUAUUGUAUACUGUCAUUAUAUAAAUGUGUUCCGUGUAGGGUUGCGAAAAUCGAUUUCGAUUUCGAUAUGCUAUAAUAACCGAUAAUAUUAAUAAAGAAAUUUCAAAAAGUAAGAAAUUUUAAAAAAUGUUCCAGAUAAGGUACUCGGUAAAAAAAAAAGUUUUUUAUGACAAAAUCGAAUGGAGAAAAAAAAAUUAUAUUUUUUUUUUUAUAUUCUCUCCAUAGAUGAUUUUGAUAUCAAAAAUCUAGGGAAAGGGGAAGGAGGUGUAGAAGCCAAAAUUAUAUGUUUUAAAUAUUGUUUCGUAAUGAGUGGUUCUAUAUAAUUGUUCUACGUUGUGGUUAUUUCAGAGCACGUUUAUGUUUAUCGAGUUCCAGUGGUUUCACAGACGUAGUUUUCAUAAUUUUUUUUUUAUCAAUAUUCCCAUCAUAUCUAUCAAAAAUAAAAUAAAAUCAUGAUAUCGAACUGUAUAUUAUACACGUUUAAAGAUUUUUUUUUUUUUUGGGCGUAUAAAUACCUGCAGUGUAAUUAUUACCGUCACGUUCGUAUCCGACGAUGACGACGGUCCAAAACAAAAACACAACUCCCAUAAGUGGCUUCUGUUUACUUUCUGUUUACUACCCCAUAUUAUUAUCGUCGAUUACGUAUAUUAUUAUCGCGCGGUAUCCGUGUGCAGGAAAGUUUCCUCGCAAAUUUCUCGCCGCUGGUAUACACACCGCGCUUCCAGCGUUUCCCGUUUUGCAGGCGUUUUCCGGCCCGACCCGCAGUUUCGCCUAUACGUAUAAAUUGUACACGAUAUCGAUAUAAUGACAUAUAUAAUUUAAAUAUUAUAUACAUUACCGCUAUACCUAUAAGACUCAAUGAGAUAACGAAUUUGCUAAUUUGUUUUUUUUUUUUUUUUUUUUAUCUUGUCGAAAUACGCAUUAUAAUAUUAUAAUCGGCUGUUCAUUUUCGUUCUUUUUCUUAUUAUUACAUAAAUUCUUAUAAAAAUAUUAUAAAUAUUUUUAAUGAAUAAAUUGUGCUAAUUUAUUUUUAACUCUUAUGUAGUAAACUAACUUAACUCUAAAUCCCGAUACUAACAUUAGCUUGCAGGGGCUUAUUAACCUAUUUUAUUAUGUAUUCAAAACGAUUUCUUUAUAUUUUUUUUCGAUUUUUUUUUUUAAAUCUAAAUGUGGAUAAUAAUAAUAAUAAUAAUUUGUUAUAAUUUUUAAGAUGUGUAUUUUUCUCCUCGGAUUACACAUUUUCGGUUAGUGAAAAUAACCGUUUGCACCGUAACUGGAAAAUGCGGAUUUUUCGCCUCGGUGAUAAUUUAUUUGGCUAUACAAUAAAACAAAAGAGAAACCAUAACACUACAACGCUUAUACCGGUUUAUCGAGCUCCGCUCAGAAUUGUUUAUCGAUUGCAAUGGUUUAUCAUUAAUUUCAGUAUGCAAGUGUAAACUAAAUCACCCUAUUAUAUCCUAUGUAACUUGCAAACUAUUCUCGCCUAAAAUAAUCAGUGAUCUGCUCAUAUGGUGCGAAAUAUGUUCAGCUUUAUUUUUAUAAUAAUAAUUAUUCUCAUUCGUCUCAUUCGUUUUCAUCCCAACUAUAUGCAGUCUGCCACUUUCGUCCUAUACUUCCAAUCAACCCGAUCUUCCGCAUCAUCAUCCAACCUUCUCUUUUUCGAUCUUCCUCUUCUCCUCUUUCCUCUGCGUUUAUUUUCAUUACCAUUUUUAUUGCUUUUGAUUCCUCUCACCUCGUGACAUAUCCAAACCAUCUCAAUCUAUUUUCUCUUUAAUAACUAUUAUGCAAAUAAUUUAUUCUAUAUAAAUUGCCGUAUAUUUCCGCGUUUCAUGAUUAAAUAUAUAUUAUAUACUCGUAUUUGCUGAAUGAAAACAAGUAUAUUAAUGAGCUGUUAAUUAACGCGUGUCAACGUAGUUUUGUACAUAUCAUUACUUAUUUAAAUUUAAAUUUUUCCACCACACACUUUUCAAGGUUACCUACGUAGUCGCUCGUAUAUUUUUUUAGAGAUUUCCGGUGCUACACGCAUUUUGCACGAUUGCUUAUAUAACUAAAACAACUUAACAAAAAAAAUUAUUUGAAAUGCCUAAAGAUCGCAUCAAAUACCAAAAAAAAGCGAAUAAAUGACAGAUUUAUUUAUAGAUUUAAUUUUUUUUUUUUAAUAUUCACAACCGCUGCCUAUUCAGUUAACAUAAAUUGUAUAAAUUAUAUAAAGUUAACAUAAAUAUUUCAAAAUGUACCCAAGCAUAAAAAGCCCAAAAUAUAUCGCACCAUUAUUAGACCAUUUUUUGAUAUUUUAAUUUAUAUAUACUGAAAACGAUAAUAAUUAAUCGUUGCAUCAAAAAACUAAUCCGAAUGGAGAUCGGUAAACUGAUUCCAUAGUUAGUGUUACUUUGUCUCCUUAUAGCCAAAGUAAUCCAAAAGUUAAUCAAAAAUAAAACCAAUCUACCGUAAUUUCUGUAAUUGGUGUUUUGAUGGUUUUCUAGAAAAACAGUUGGGAAUUUGAAAACAUUUUUUAAGACACUGUGUGUAAAAGUCUAAUCAUUUUUAUUAACCAAAAAAGUUUUGUCUGAAUAUAUAAAAACACCUAAGUAACACUAAAUUGUAUAAUAUUUAUUUUAUAUCAACUUCGCUACAACACUUCUAAUAUAAAUACUGAGUUCAUAUUGUUACAUAUAAUUCGGACUUUGUAUGCUAAGAAAGAUAUAUCCUAAAAUAAGCGGGCUUAAAAAAAAAACAACAAAUAUAUUUUUGAGGGGGUAUUAUAAUAACGUGUCUGUGUGUGUGUGUGUUUGUGUGGGUGAGUGUAUGCGUCUUAUGUCAGUCGCUAUAUUAUGUUGACGCUAAAAACAACUCGUUUUUCGAACUAAUCUCAUUUCUCAUUUAAUUACAUUAGACGCCGCCAUGGUAAAAUAAUAAUAUUAUGCUUAUAAGUAUAUACAGAAUAAUUCUGCACUUAUCAUAAACCAGCAAUUUCUUCAGAAUAUAUUAAGUGCAUAUAAUUUUUGUUUUUGUCAAUCAUUUCAGUUUUGCGUAACCGUGUGAGCUUAAUUUUAAAACUGUUUUUAAUUGUGUAUUACUACUCCAUAUAUCUUGAACGAGUAUACACUUUUGAUUUUCAAAUAAUAUCCACUCCCUUUUUUUAACACGGAUUCGAAUAAAGAAUAUUUUUCUAAAAAUUUAGACCAGAAGAUUGAGAAAGAGUUAUAAAUUUCAUAUCUGUUUUUAGAUGAUAAAUUCAUAAUCCUCUCGUACUGUUCCGGUCUAAACUUUAAACUCUUAUAACUCACAAGUGGUAAAUCCAAUAUUAUAGUGUCUACUAGUGCCUUUCAAAGUUUUUAGAGAGACAUUCUCUGUUUGAAUCUUUGUUCAAAAAUAUGGUUGCAACGCGUGUUUGAAAAUCCAAAGUGUAUAAUUUUUGCAAGUUUAUGGAAUAGACGUAAAAUAUAAAAAUGCAAUUAAAAUAAAACUUAAACGAUUCCCUAAUAAUUGAAAGAAAAAUAAAAACUAGAAAUUCAAUUCAUUUAAAAUCUUCCGAAAAAAUCAACGGUUCGCACGAUAAAUGGAUCACCCUGUAAGUGUAUACACCCGAGUGGGUAUAUCUCUGGCGCCGUAAUUGGUUAUGAAUAAUUGACGUCUCGCGCUCUGGAUAAAAAAAAUCGUAUCCCGUGACCCGAGGUGUUUCUGACGUGUCCAUUUUAUAAUGGGUACUAUGUGAAUUAAAAAAUAUGCGCGUGCCGUACUUGAUGUGUAUUUUAUACACGUGUGUUAGCUAUGGCGCAGCACCUAUAGGUACGCCCGGCCUAAUAAAAUAUACAAGACGAAUGCUGACCGAAUGCAAAUAUUGACGCGUGUCGUAAAUGAUUAUAACCGAUCGAUCGUGCACGUGUGUAUGACGUUUUAUAUAUAUUAGAGAGGAUAAAUCUCACCGAAAUCCACUGCCUAUCAACGCUAAUAUAGGUGGGUAUAGGUGAUUUUAGAAUAGAUAAUAUUACACAAUGACCGAUAAAAUUUUAAUUAAAAUUAAAAAAGAACGAGAAAAAAAAAACUUGACAAAAUAAAAGAUCCAGCGCUGUAAAUCGUGACGUAUAUAAUGAGUAAUAACAUAAUGUAUUGUAGUAUAGCACCUAACCGAAAAUGAGUAAUUUUCGAGCUAGAAAAACAUUGUAUUGAACGAUGUAUUACUUUAAAAAUAAAGAAUAGGUCUAUUCAAUUCUGGAGUUAAAAGUAAGUCAUCGACUUUGAAGAUUUAUUUGUUACAUACAAUACGUAUAUAUUCAUUAUAUAUGCAAUAUAAUGCAAUAAACAUGCAUGGUGAUAGCUGCGGGGAUCAAUAAUAAGGACUGUAAUCGAUAAAAAACAGAACAGGAAAGUGGCCAAGACUAAGAAUUAUGUUGUCAGGCAUUUAGGAGCGGUGAAACUUUUGGAUUCCAGAGUCUGGAGUACAACGGAGAGACACGCAGAAGUAUUAUUUGUGAGAGGGCUGAUCUUAAAGACCGUUACCCUUUAAAAUAAGAAAAAUAACAUUAUAUACAUUGUCACCAUAAUUUGUUCCCCUCAGAGCGGGAAGCCUUAUUUAUACUUUUUAUAGGGAAAACGCAGCAAUUUGUAUUAUUUUUCGCGUAGUUAGUACGACAACAGUAAACCCUCGUUCCGCUCCGAAUCUAAAAUAUUAUAAUAAAACAUAGUGGAAUGUUAUAAAAAAAAAAAAAAACAAAUUAUUUAAAAUGAGUGAAAUAAUGUGUUAGGUUUUAUUUAUUUAUAUUUUUUUGUUUUUUUUUUGGCCCAUUCCGCAUUGCUUCCGCUAUGUCUCUCCUUGCCCCUCCGUGUCGUCCGUAGCAAUUUGCUCCUCAUUUCUUAUUCCCGAGAGUUUCGGGUGUUCCACGAUUCGAUCGUUGUCUUUAUCGCUUAACCUAACCUAGUUUUUUUUUUUUUUUUUUGAUAUAACGCAUUUGCGCAAUCGCCUUUUUUUCGCCCCGACAACGGGGCAGAUAACUGGUAACCGGGACUGUCCCCACCCGAGACGGAACGUACAAUCACGUCAAUAUCAAUAUUCCCAUACCAUAGAAUUAACCUCGCGCCGAUUUUUUACGUGUUUCGGUACUAUCGAUGAAAAAAAAAACUGUAUCGGAUCGUCCUUGACGGCGUGGUCGACCGCGUUAAUUUCGGUGACACGUUAAUAUUAUCAUAAUUAUAUUUCUUAUAACGCGGCGGGUGUAGGUAAAUUCGCUAUGCUCGGUCGACGAUUAGAAAUAUAAUGCGCAUUUAGCGCGUGCCGAAUUAGGAAUAAAUAAGUAAAAUAUACACAUAGUAUAAGUACCACAAGCGUUUGUGGCGACAAAAUACGAAUAUUACUAUUGUUAAUCGUGGAUUUGCGCGUAUACGACGGCUGCAGCAGCUGUUGACGAUUGUAUUAUUUGCCCGCGGCUGUUACUCGGCCCGUGAUGUGUUUUUGCAAUUUUCAAACUUAGAACCUAUCACGACGGUAUAUUUUUCGAGAUCCUAAGCAGCUUUUAUCAUAAUUGAGAAAAAACAAAAACAAACGUCCUAGGAUAAUGGUGACGGAUACAGCCAUUGUUAUAGAUAAUUUAAUGUUUACCUGUAAGCAACGAUAAACCAUUUAUUACGGAAUUACGAUUUUGAGCAGAGUUCAGUUGAUAGUGAUGCUUUGUCAACAAUAUACAUGUUAUUUUAUAGUAAAAUAAUUGAAAAGGCUUUAUAUAUUUUCUUUAAAAAUAUUUGUUUAAUGUUAUACCGAUUUUCCAAGUUUUCCUACGUUUUUCCCGAUUUUCCCAGGUUUUAUCACGGUUUUUCACAUUUGCUGAAAAAAAUUCGAAAAAUUACGUCUCUAAAGUACUUCGAUAGUCAAAAUUCCUUUUAGAAAAAGUGCUAUACGUAGAAAUCCAAACAAGUCUUCUAAUAGAAAAGUUGUUAACAGAUAAAAAAAAAAAAUGUUUGUAAAAUCAUACGCUUCUUCGCUCCACUCAGAAUCUAAAAUACGACUUUUUCAAAUUAAACGAUUUCGUUAUUUAAUAUUUUAUUAUAUUAUAUUCCGUCGUUAAUCUAAUAAAUAAUAUCGAUUCAUCGGAUUCGCCAAUUUUUUCAUGAAAUAUAAUUGUAUUAAUGAUUUUUGUAAACUUCAAAAAAUUGUAGAAAUUUAAUCAUCAUUAUUCAAUAAUAAAUAUAUAAAACACCAAAAUUUCGUUUCAAACUAUACAUAAUUCUUAAAAAAGUAUAAAAAAAGCUGUCUAAAAAAAAAUCAAACUUAAUAAAACUUCGUUUUAGCUGCCGACAGCAGCUGACGAAUUUCGUUUACGUUAUUUUAUAAUUUUUUUUUUUAUAAACUACGAUAUUUGUAACUCAUGCAACUUUUAAAAAUGUUCAUUAUAUACAUUGAAUUUUACCACUUUAUAUUUGUGGGACCGAAAUAAACAACUUUUUGAGAAAUGUCUAAAGUCAAUAAAUCCAAAUAGGCUUGCAGCAAGUCAGGACUUCGCGAAUGAUAAGUUUGAUAGUUAGCAAAUGAAAGAAAUAUUGUUGAAAAUAAAACGAAUGAGGAAAAUACGUGACAUACACGCACGCGUGUGUGAGUGUAUGUGGGCAGUUGUAUGAGACUUAACAUAAAUGCGGACGAUUCUUUCAACGCCGAAUUCACUAGAAUGUUAUUUUUUUUCGCAUAUUUAGCGUAAAUUUUGUAAAUUAGAGGCGAAAAAUUAUCUGUAUUAUUAUCUAUAAUUGUGCCAGUACUUUUGAAUAAUUAACCAUUCGGUUUUUUUUUUUUUUUUUUUAGAUUUAUGUUCCUAUAUAAUUAACAAAUAUUUGGGGGCGCCUUUAUUAUUUACAUAUAUAUUAUUCCGAAAUUCAACGUUUCCCCGUCCCCGUACAAAUUCGUGUAUCGUGCACGCAGGAUUUGUAUUGUAACGUAAUAUUAUUAUCACGACCUUUGUAAAAUAACGCCCAAAGCGAAAUGCGUCCCGAACAGCGCAUAUAAUAUUGUUUGAUUAGACGGUACCGUAUAAAGCGCACGCGCCUCCGGCAAAUAUUGUUUUCACCUUUGUAGGGGAUUUUCGAUGUGAUAUAAAACGUGUAAAUGACGAGCGGUGCUUAUUAAAUAAGGGUGUUACCCCCUUUCCGCCGCAGAAAAAUGUAUACCGUCCGUAGAAAAUGUGUGACAUUACUACGUAAACUAUAAAAUAUGAAAUGAGUUUUAGGCCGAUAUUAUGAAUCAUCUUGUUGACAAUAAAACUAAAAAAAUGAGUACGGGUGCAGCCACUGUUGUAGGUGGGGAGUUUGGAAAGUAAUACUAUAUUAUUAGUACUAUAUUAUCACAGAAUAAGAUAUUAUUAGAUUUAUAAGAUUAUUAUUUCUGUCUAACUGCGUGGUGACACUCGUUAAAAACAAUGAUUUCGUUACUGUUAUUACUUUGACGGUUGGCGUUAUUGUACAUAUGCAAGCUACCACACGCCCACGCAACCUUAGAUAAUAUCUAUGAUUGCAAUAUUGAACUUACUAAACUAAUAUUACCAACAAUUAACGCAUCGUUAAGUUAGCCCACGGAUGUUGUAAAUAAUGAUAAUAUAACCAUUAAUUAGUGAAAACAAUUAUGUAAAUAAUUUUGUUUUCACUUAUUACUCUUCAGUGUCAGUGUAAUAAUAUUUUGUUUACUUAGGUUUUUCAUCGUUGUUUUCGUUUAAAACGUAUCACAUAGUUUUGCACACUAAAAAAACUAUUUGAUUAUUCAUCAUGGCAGAAAAAAGAUUUCAAGAAAAAAGCAAAAAAUAAGUUAAGUUAUGCAACCCACAAUUCAUACGAUUCUAAUUUUGGUUGGUUCCUAGCUUUUUUAAUACUCUACUAGUUUAAAAAUCGUAUUUUACUGGCCAACAUUUGUAUACAUUUUUACUAAAUAUUAAAGUUUUUUUUUUUCAUUUUUUGUGUAUAUUAUCAGUCAGAACUAAGAAUGCAACUACUUGUGACAAACUUUUCAAACUUGUGACAAAACAACUGAUUGAUCAUCAAUUUUCAACCCCCCCUCCAUUGAAAAAUAUUGCGUCCGCCACUGCCUAUAUGUAUUCAAUGAUAUUAUUCAAAUUAUUCGCGGUGAAUCGGCCCGACAUCAUAGCGAAACGGUACGCGGCCUGCACCGCCGUUACUUUUAUUUAUUUUUAUUUUUUCCGCCCGUACCCGCGGAAUACGUAAUUCCGACCGAGUCGUGGAUUCUGAACUUCAAAAGUUUCAAAAUAUAAUAUAAUGAUAUAGUGUAAAUCAGUUUCGCAUUGAAAUAAUAUACCCUGUGUAUAUAUUAUAGAGCACAUUUCUCUCGCAACCGUAAAAACAAUUUUUUUUUUUUCAUUUUUCGACAUAUACUUACGAUGAGUUACGUACGCGACCGACGAUAUUUGCUUAUGUAUCGAAAAUACGCGACGCAUAAUAAUCAUUUUCGUAUAGAUUAUGUGCUCCGUUAUUUUAUAAACCCAAAAAUAAUGUUCCGAAAAGUACGCCGUGGUCAAUUUAAACGGAGCUAACUGUUGGGGGAGAAAAAAAAAUAUUGUUAUUAUCAUCAAUUAUUUAAACGAUGUACUAGAUAAUAACGUUUUGUUUACAUAUUCUGCAGAGAGCGGGUCUCAGGUCACACAGUCGAAUAUUUAAACUGUACAAAUGCGUAUUUAACGAAUUUGUAUUUUUAAUUUAUCGAUGCGAAAAUAUCCGAAUUCAUUAUUUUCUCAUAAAUUUUUAAAACUGUUGUUGUCACGAUAACAUUAAUAUAUGAACUAGUAAUCGUGGAAUUUGGUAAAAACAACACGUACAAACCCUGCUUGUUUUACGGAAAUGAAAGACAAAAAACAAUAAUAAAUUAUUAUCUGUAGGUAAUUUAUAUUAUUACAGCGUUAUCAAAAUUAAAAAAAAAUCACAAAAACUUUAACACUCUUGUAUGAUAAUUCGUUUAAGGAAACGACUCUCUUCCUAUAGAACAGUGCAGGUUACCGACCUUUUUUACAGAUGGCCAUGAAAAUAUAACAAUAAUACUUGGCUGGUCGGAAUUUAAACGUUUAUUUUUAAGCUAUAAUGGAAUUUCAUAUUUUAUUGUAGGCAUAGUGAUGUACAUAUAUAAUUAUUGAUUAUGUUUUGAUUGUUAUAAAUGAGAAAAAAAUUUAAAGAGUAAACAUGUCGUUUUUAACGCGAGUGUUAAUUUUUGAAAUUUGAAGUUUUUUUGAAAAUUUUUUUUAUUUCGAUUCAAUAAUACUCUGGUAGGCCGAUUAAUUGAUCGCGGGCCUUAGUCGGGGUCACCGCUGCUAUAGGAAAUUCUCCCGUUCAAAUUCCGCGUUGGUCGCGUUCAACAACUUAAAUUUCAACGUAAACGUGACAAUUUGUGCAGUGUUUUUCGACUGUUUCGAUUAACGUAAUUUUGCUCUACGUUUUCCCGUUAGUAUCGCGACCGGGACGGUAAAUGCGAGUACAUCGCGUCCUAUUCUUAACUCUGCGUACAAUAUGUUAUAAGGAGUUUAAGGUAUCCGGAAUACCACGCGGCGAUAAAUAAAACUCCCCUUUUUAUUGUUGUCGAAUAUUUGUACAUAAUAACCGACAUCGUUUAGUAUCUAUGGUCUGCGGUACAAUCGAAAUUGAAAUGCAUGUAAUACAAUAAUAUACCUCUACUUCUAUUUUAUUUUUUUUCUAUUGUCCGCCCGAAACGAUAAAAAUCGUCGCAUGCGCGUUGCGAUGCGUUUUUACAUCUUUCAUGUGACAUUAUAUUAUUAUUCGUUUUUACGAAUGAUAAUGUCUACUAAAUAAACUUGAUGGAUAAUAUACACGAUAAUAAUAAUAUUGUCGUUCUUCGGCUUAUAAUAAUAUAACAUACGACACGUAUAACGGGAAUAAACAGGGAAAUGAACCGGACGCGUUUGAUAUUUAGCACAGUGGCAACUAUAGGGCUCGGAAGUUAUGCAGGAGUUGCAUAUUUUUCUAUACGCGCCGGAUCCGUAGCAGAUCUGCAAGCUAGGAGAUUCUCUCUAUACGCAAUAGAUAGUUUAAAAACCGAACAUUUAAAAUGCAUGUUUUGCAUGGUUCGUCAGUUUCAGAGUAAAAGUACAUAUUUCAUAGAUUUCCGCAUAUUUUAUUUUGUUUACUAAAAAAUUAAUUUUUUUUCCUACCUUAACCAAUAAUGUAUUUUAAAUGGUAUAUGAAUAUUAAAAUGUUAUUUGACCAAGUUAUUUAUUUUUAUUUCUGAUCGUCUCAGUCUAUUAAUUUAACGACAACGGUGUGAUUUAAUCAUUAUCUUUCUUGUGCGUAUUUAACAUUUUUUUCAUGCAUGUUUUAAUUUUUUUAGCUCCUAUAACUUCCGAACCCUAAUGAUAACAGUAUAAUAACAUGGAAUAUCCAUAUCGGAGAUUUGACAUUAUUUUGUUUUAUUUUUUUUUUUAUAUAUUUUUAUAUAUACAUAUGUACUGAAAGCGGCGAUAAAUCAUUUCGAUAUAAUUAAAUUCUGAGCGGAGCUUGGUGAGCCCAGUAAGGUUACAGUUACAGUUUUAGUCGUGAUUUUCAAAAUUAUUGUUUCUUACUCAAAACACAAUAUUUUCUAGGUGUCACUGACAAUGAUAAAUGGCCAACAUACUUCCGGGUCUCGGUCAUAAUAAUUAAUGGUCGAUCAAUCGGUAAGUCGAUUACAUCGAAAUUGAAUUUUGACUUUGACCACUGCAGUGAGGUCGAUUUGUGCAGUAAACAUGAACCGCACGCGUGAAAAUCGACCGUCGUCGUCAGAUAUAAUACAUUUAGACACGCAAUAAUAGUCGGCAUUUAAUAGGCCUAAAUCCAUUGACAUUUACGGUUUGGUACGAUUAUUAACCCUAAACACUUACAGACGUUUAAAACAUAAUUCUGUCGUAAAAAAAAAACCGUGUUUUCGGCGCGCUACGACAUUGUUGGCGGUUUAUUUUUAACUCUAGCGCGACGGUACACCGGAGACGCGCGCGCUGGCGGCCGACGACGUUGGGGUCAGUUCAUUUCUCGCACGCCCGACGGGAAAAUAACACAAUCUCGUAUAACGGAAGCGACGGAGCGCGCAGAGAGGAGAAGUUUAGAGGUUAUGUUUUCCCCCCUCUCUGACUGGCUUAAAAGUACAACGGCCGCGAGUAAUUAUUUGGCGGUUUAACCUCCGACAAUUAUAAUACGAGGGGCACUUUGUAAGAAAAGCGCGAUUUACCCAACAUAAGGAGUCGUCCCAUCGACACAAUGCGUAGUCUACACGUCGACGUCGUAGUAGAAGAUUUGUACGAUUUGUUCGCAAAGUAGUUUUUAUUCAACCAAAUAACUCAAAACCGGCAUCAAAAGACCAACAUUUUAAUUUUUAAUCAUUAUCUGAUUUUUUUUUUUUUUAGAUUAAGUUGGGGAUAUCUGAAUUUUCAUAAUAUUUUUAAUGGAAUAUAAUACGCUUUAUCGCAUUAUGGACCAUGCGAUAAAAACUCCCCCGGUUCGCGCGGUUCAGUAUCAACCUUGUUAGUUUUUUACACAAACCGCUAUACUUUCCCGGUAAAUUUAGACCUGUUCUUGUACGAACCGUUUACAGAAUCGGAUUAGCGUUUCGAAAAUCCUAUAAAACGGCGUAUCGCCAACGCGUUUUCAAACGUACGGAUAUUGAUUCUGGCCUACUCGAAUAACCCUCUCGAUUGAGGUUACGGCGGAAAUAUAUUCGUUUCUUCCGUGGAUUUUCGGUCUUUCCGCUAUCGCCCAGCGGGAACGUCACGCGGCGACCGGAAUCGUGGGCCGCCCGGAUUGACGCGAGUGUCACGUGCAAUUGGCCCAUAUAUAGGCCGGGGGCAUUUUUCUCCACGCUCUCCUUUUUUUUUUUUUUUUUUUUUUUUUUUUUUUUUUUUUUUUUUUAACGAUGAAUUAAUAUUUCUGUGACGUUUAACCGAGUUUAACCAUAUGAAUAGCAGUUCUUCAGCGACCGCGGUCAAUUACACGGAUCGGCGGUGAACGCGAUUGUGUUAUUCCAAUAGACUAAAUAAGAUUGAGGGAGGGGGGGGGUUAAGAGACUAUCGUAUUGUAUACGAUCUUAAACCAGUUGGGUUCAAAACCACUGCGUAUUUCCAAAAACUCCCGCGGUCAAUCCCCCCUCCCCUAGAAAUUCGUUUCUGUUUUCGAUUCAAAUACGUGCAAUCGUAGACCGCGCGGGGCCCCCGGCCCGGAUCGUGUGCACUUGGCCGCCGUUUCUGCGGUUAACCGGACGACGCUGAUGACCGGUCAGUCUUCGUGCGCCGCCGCGUCCGUCUAGUCACGACGCGUUACGCGACGUCCUUGAAAUGUCCCUCGUAUUAUUCGAUCCCGCGGGACCGUGGAUUUCGUCGCGCCCCGCUCGGGGUCUCCGGGGCAUCAUAAUCGAUCGCUCCCGACGAUUCGGCGCGCACCGCCGCGACGCGACGACGUCGUAGUAAUCGUAGUACUACUGCUACUACCACUACUACUACUACUACUGCUACUGGUACCGGUGCUGCUCGCACUACUCGCACUUACGAUUACUACGCCGCCGGUCGUCUGGUGGACGGCGCGCACGCACGCCAUUCGUCGCGCGGCCGCCGUUAUCAGCCGUUCGUCGACCGGUCCGUUCGAAAUUCUCCGCGACGCCGCCAAAAAAUACACGGCGUAUCCCUCCCUCCCCCCCCGGUACUUUUGUUAUUAUUCGACAUUAAUAACGUUGCAAUAUCGUUCCGACGACGGCCGAAAACGAUACGCGAAUAUAAUUUCAACAAUAUCGUCCGACCGUCGUCAGCCGUUAUCGCCCGGAUCGACAAGACGUGUAAACGUAAACGUUGUUUUUAUAUUGUUGCAGUUUACCGCCUGGGUGGACGCCGUGAUAUUCGUGUUCAGCCUGGAGAACGAAGCCAGUUUCAACGCCGUCUACGGAUACUACACGAAAAUGGCGCACUACCGUAACUCCGCCGAAAUACCGUUGAUCCUGGUCGGCACUCAGGGUGAGUAAACAAAUAACGUGUGUACACGGGUAAAUAUUAUUCCCGGCGUGUACGCAGUUCGUAUUAUUCCGUGUAUUUGAGCGCGACCGUGUGUAUGUCGGCGACGACAAUAUUGUCGGUCGGAUCGGGGAGGGGGGGAAGGAUGGGAGGAAUUUUCAAAAAAAAAAAAAAAUGAAAUACAUAAUUAGCUGUCCCGCGCGGUUUAUUGUCCGUCGAACGAGAAAACUGGAAUAAGAAAAAUAAUUAUAAUAAAAACUCGCGUUCCCGUGACUCGUGAUCCCCGAUCCUCUAUCGCCGUGGGUUUGUUGGCCGUGCAUUUGAAAAAGACGGACAAACAUACUUCGCACGUGGGUAAGCCACUGUUGUAGGUGAGAAGUUGGGAAGGGUAGUAGCGGAGAGAUUUGAUGCAAGUCUGUACGCAACGAUAAACCGUUGCUCACGAAAAAAACGAUUCUAAGCGGAAUUCAGUGUUGCUUUGUCAACAAUAUAAUACAUGUCCUAAUAUAAUGGUAACAUAACAUAAUAGGCGUUAUAUAAUGUUUUCUUCGAUAAUAUUCUUGAUUCUUUGUUUAAUGUUGUAUCUAUUUUCCCGUUUUUCCUACGUUUUUCCUAUUUGUUGAGAAAACUCUUGAGAAAAUCGAAAAAUUACCUCUUUAAAGUAUCUCUCCCCGGUCCGAUUUCCUUUCAGUAAAAGUACUACACUUAAAAAUCCGAACAAGAUUUCUGGUAGAAAAGUUGGUCACAGAAAAAAAAAAUAAACAUCUUUGUAAAACCAUAAGCUUCUUCGCUCCACUCAGGAUCUAAAAAUACGUUUUCUUGCCCGUGAUAACAACAAAAUAAACUGCCUAAUAAUAUCGGGGUUUUUCAUCCGUCUCGCCGAGGAAACUUGUAUAUUAAAAAAACAAAAAAAACAGUAGAAUACAAUUUUCUUUCCGAAAAUACCAAAAAUCACGGGUCAUCCACUCUUUAUGAGGUCGAAUUACGGAAUCAAAAAUAACAACCUAUAUUAUGAAAAUAUUCAAUCUCCCAGCGAAGCCCCGUCAAAACCUGUUCGGCCGGUUCAGAGAUUACCCCGGACGUAUGGUCAGACACUGCAAUUUUAUUUGCAGGUAAUUAAAAAGCAGAAGUAUAUAAUUUUUACGUUUUCACAUAUUUUUAUUGAUUUCUCGAAAAAACAAUUUUUUUUUUCUACAUAUUUCGGUGUUUUAGAUUUUUUAGGACACAUUAUAUUUUGGCAUUCUUAUAAAUAUCUGUCCUAAUAAUUACGAUAUAAUCGUUUUUUUCCCCGGUUCGGUGGGCGGUGAAACUGGAAGAUUGGGCCGUCACAUUGUCCUAUAAAUUUAUCGAAUAAUCGACCAAACGGACUCUCUUUUUCUUUUCUUUUUUUUCGUCGCUAUAAGUCCGUCGACCUACAAGCCGACUUAGUUGACCCCCGCCCCCCUCUUUAACUACUAAAUAAAUUAUGAACUAAAUGUAUAGUAUUUAUAUGAUCCAACAAAAUUGUAUCUACAUGAAACCAAACGAGUUUUCGAAAUUUAAACAACUCGCGGAACGUGCAUUGAUUUUACAAUGAUGUUUAUUUAAUUUUUAAUAUUUUUUUUUUUUACCUGUGAACAACUUUUCUACCAGAAAUUCUGUUCCGAUUUUCAAAUAAAGUAACCUUUUCUAAAAGAAAAUUUUUCAGGGGUUUUCAUAAAAAAAAAAUGGGGAAAAACGGGGAAACGUACGAAUUGCAUUAUUUUCAAAUCGUAAACAUUACGGCCUUUCAAAACAUAUAUAACCGAAUUCCGCUCAGAAUCGUUUUUCGUUAGUAAUGAUUAAUCGUUGCGUACAGACGUACAUUAAAUUUUCCCAUUAUCAUACCCAACUUCUCAUCUAAAACAGCGGCCUGCCCAUCGUAUGAAGUGUGUCGGUUUGUUUUUAUUUUUUUUUUUUAAUUAUCUGGAUAUUCAAAACAAUGAAUAUGUAAUAUAUUAAUUCGUGAAAUAUAAAAUAAAAGUUCGAAGUAACGGUUUGACGGAUCGACGAAAGCAGCGUUGGAUUAAAUAUCGGGUUAAAUCACCAAAAGAAAAAAAAAAUGUAUUGUACUAAUAUUAUUAAAUACACUUUGCGUCGAAAUCCGGACCUUUUAUUUUAAUCAAAGACGGUAUACCGAUUUAUCGGUUUUCAUAUAUAAUAAUUCGCUGUAAUCCCUCGUUCUGUACAACCGUAAUAAAAACGUUAAAACUUAACGACCGCAUUUUACUUCUUUCGCAACGUUUUAUGCGAUGUAUUAUACUAAAAUUUGUACGGAUGUUACUCGACGGCGGCGUACGCGCUCGCCACACUGCGCGCCGUGCUAUUUUUUAUACGGCCGUGUAAAAUAUGUCUGUUACCCUGGUCGGAGGCGCCGAAAAUUGGUUUUGCCUACGACAAAUGUCAUAGGUGAAUAAGUGGGUGGACGGGUGGUUCGGUUCGUAUGUGAGUAUAAUGUGAAGGAAAAUAGGGACCUCGAUUUUACUGUAAAAAUUUUACUACAUUAAGUUAUAAUAAUCACUGCUCUAUAUUAUUUCGAAGAGGAUUAUUUUUGUUAGUGGGUGGGACGUAGGUGGUGGGCGGGCGGGUGUAUUGACUCAAAAUAGAAUUGUCAUAGGUGUUAAGAAAUACGUCGGCGCCCCUGACUCUGGUCGUGAUAGACCAAUAAAAAGGCAACGACAAUAUAAUAAUAAUUGUUUUUUUUUUCGUGUUUUCAUUAUUUAUAAACACGCAGACGCCAUAAGUGAAACUAAUCCGAGGAUAAUAGACGACACGAGGGCCAGAAAAUUGGCGGCCGACCUGAAGAGAUGUUCGUACUACGAGACUUGCGCCACGUACGGUUUGAACGUGGACCGGGUGUUCCAAGACGGUAAGUGAAUAAUAUUGAACGGUAUUGGAUGGUUAGGUGAUUUCCGUCAAUUACGUACGGGUGCGCGGGCAUUUUUCAACGAGGUUUUCGGCGUCCGCCGCGUGGCAAAGUCCAACGAGACACCGUCCGGCGGAAAAACGGCUCGUUUACCGUGCGACCGGCAGAAAAUAAAUUAUUCACUUGAUUACGGAUUCAAAAUAUCGUAACAUUUAAUACGGGAAAUACUCCGAGAAAUUUCAAAUAUUUCCGACGGUACCGUUAUGUAAACACGAAAUACGCGCGGUUCGCAACCGAAACUCCGUCGUACACACGUGGCAGUUAUAUUUCGCCACGAUUCCGCAUUGACUUCUCGUCCGGCCAACCACUCCGACAAUUUUUUAUCAAUAUGCAAUUCGGUCUUACGUCCCUUCGCUGUUUGUAUUUAUUUGCAUUCGACUCCGGUUCGCAUUUCACAAAAUCUGUUUCGUCCGUACACUCCAAAUUAAACUCGUACCAUUGUAAACACCGUGUAAAAAUCGCCCGCCAAACGUAAAACGUAUAUUUAUGUAAAUAAACAAUAACGUCCAUCUUUUGAUAGCAUUUUUGAUACUUUUCCCGUAUAGCACCCGUGCUAACAUUGUGAAACAUCGCGAUAUAAAUUUAUUGAAUUCGAAAUGCGCAAUUUUUAUUUCUACUGUUUAUUUAUUGGUUUUUUUUUUUCUUUCAAACCCUUUUUGAUACCCUUUUAAUUGUGUACAUAUCAUGACCGCAGCUUGCCAGAAGAUCAUCCAGCAAAGGCUGUCGGCGUCCACCAACUGUCUGUCGGACUCCAGGUGCUCCACGCCCGCGUCGUCGUCCACCACUCCCGUGGGAUUAUCGUCCGUGUCUUCGUCAUACAACCAUCACCACCUGUCGUCGCCGGCCGCCGGGUCCCGGGGUUUCUCGCAAGCGUCUUCGCCGUCGCCGCCCGUGCACGGCAGCGGCGGCACGUCGCCCGCGCACCACGGCAGUGGCGGCGGAAGCAGCAGCGUGGUCAGCGCGUUCAAGGAGUCCGUGCUCCGGUCCAACCUGUCGUCGACGCUGAACCGACAACCGCUGGAACUGUCCAUAGCGCUGGACAACAAUAACGUGUCGAAGACGACGACAUUCGACGGUCUGUCCGUGCCCAUCAAAGACCUGCCCACGCCCAGUUCCACGCCCACGACCACCCGGAAAACGCGCCGGAGGUCCAAUCUGUUCAAUCCGUCCAAGAAGGACGACAAAAACCGGUGCCUGACCACCAGCGAGCUGGGCAGCGGCCGGGCGAUUCCGCUCAAACAAGGUUACCUGUACAAGCGCAGCAGCAAAGGCCUGAACAAGGAAUGGAAGAAGAAAUACGUAACGCUGUGCGACGACGGCCGUCUGACGUACCAUCCGAGUUUGCACGUGAGUAUUGUUUUUCGUUUCCCGCCUCCUCGUCGAGAAUUAUCGAUUUAUUUUUACGUUGUUUUUCGCAGGACUACAUGGAGGACGUGCACGGCAAAGAGAUAUCGCUGCAGUACGUCACGGUCAAGGUGCCCGGUCAAAAGCCCAGGGGCUCGAAAACGAUCAUGUCCCUGUCAACGUCGUCGUCGGCCUCGGCCAACCACCAUCACAGUACUAACGGCGGGCUGUCCGAACACUUGUCUAACAUAUCGAUAUCGAAUUUUCAAAUGAAAGACAAACGGACGGCCGACAAAGUGAUGCUUACCGCCUUCGAGCUCCUAAAAGAGCCUAGCUAUAAAAACGGCGGUUCCGCGUGAGUUGUUUAUUUUUGUUGGCAUUUUUAUUUCGCCACCGUAUGGUAAAGGAACAAUCACGAAACAUUGCGUAUUUUUUUUUUAUUUUUUUGCGUACAGUAACAGCGACGAAUCGACCAUCGGCGUUUCGAAUACUUCGUUGUCCGUGAACAACGGUGAACUCAAAGCCGAAACGCCCAACGUGAAAAAAAGACACAGGCGAAUGAAGAGCAGCAACAUCAAGAACCAAGAAUGCGAAGGUUUGUCUUCAAUGACGCAUACACAAUAUGUCUGUUGUCUACACACUCUAUGGUGCGAGUGAUAACGACGAUUUUUUUUUUUAUCGUAGACACCGACGGAUAUGAGUUCCUGAUCGUCUCGUUGGACAACAAACAGUGGCAGUUCGAGGCUAACAGCUCGGAAGACCGGGACGAAUGGGUGGCCGCCAUCGAACAACAAAUACUCAACUCGUUACAAGUACGCGUAGUUCUGCCACGCCGUUCGGCGAAUAACGUUAAUUCACAUAUUAUUUGUGAUUCGAUUGUUUUUUUUUUCGUCCGCAGAGCAACGAGAUCAUUAAAGUGAACGUCGGUGGCAAGUUCGGUUCGUCCUGUAACCGGACGGAGGACGUGCAAAACAUCCGGACGCGGGUGCCGGGCAACGGCCAGUGCGCGGACUGCAAUUACCCUAAUCCCGAUUGGGCCAGUUUAAAUCUUGGAAUACUCAUGUGCAUCGAAUGUUCCGGCGUGCAUCGGAACCUGGGCUCGCACAUAUCCAAAGUGCGGUCGCUCGACUUGGACGGAUGGCCGUGAGUACAUUUAUAUAUACGCAUACCGUGUAUAAAUACCAGAUACCUGUAUAUUAUAUGUGUAUAUCAAUAGUCCCAGAGAAGAAGGACUCGAGUCAAUUGUCUAUUAAUUGUUUUAAAUAAAAGCGAAUUCAAUUUCGAAAAUUUCUAAAUGGUCUAACCUUAAUGUUGCGUUUUAAACGUAUUAUAAUCACUAUUAUUGAUUUAAGAUAUUUUAAUUUGUAGUAUACCGUGACGUGUUAGAUUGCACACACUCCUUAUGUCAUUCAUACCGAAAAAUCGCGCGGGACUAAAUUAUAUAAAAAAAAAAAAAAAUUCUGUGCAUAGUUUAUUAUAGCGGAAAAUAAAACUCCGCGAAAUAGUUGCUUAUUUCCCCGCGUUUUUUCUUCCCCAGACCGUCGCACCUGAAGGUAAUGAUGGCAAUCGGCAACGAUCUAGCGAAUUCCGUUUGGGAGUCCAACGUCCGGACAAAUCGGACCAAACCCAGCCCGGGUUCGAGCCGGGAGGAAAAAGAACAGUGGAUUCGCAGCAAGUACGAAACCAAAGAGUUCCUACCAGCGAUAGCCCACACGCCCAGUCUCUCACAACAGCUAAUUGACGCCGUUUACAGGUUAGUAUCCGGUACAUGGCGAACGAAAAAUAUGUCCAUCGAAAACCUUUUAUAAUUUGUAUGUUUUGAAAAAAAAAAUAUACAAUAAUAUAUAAAUAUAUAUGUUUGAAUACAAUUUUUAUAAUUGAUUUUCGGUUUGCAGACCACAAUCACUUAGUUAAAAGCAAUUUGUUUCAACGACUCCGUUAUUUUCAGGUGUGACAUGAGAUCCCUCACACUCGUAUUGGCCCAUGCCAGCCCCGAUCAGGUCAAUUGUGUCGUCAGCCACCGGGACCUGCGAACGCCAUUGCACCUGGCCUGCUCCAUGAUAAACCUUCCUAUAGCUCAGCUACUCCUAUGGGUAAGUGUGAAAGUGAAAUGUCAUCAAAGCCAAAAAAAACCAUUAUAAUUCUUGGAGAUUUAGUUAUUUUUUUUUAAAAAAUUACUCCAGAGAAAUGUAAACAAUAGUGGAUUGUAGAUGCGUAAAAUCAUUCGAAAUCAUAUUACCUUGGAAAAUUAUUAAUAUGUAGGAAACACAAACGCGUAAUAAAAUAAUAUGUUGUACAAUAAACAAUAAAUAAUCUGUAUAUUUUCCAUUUUAUUAUAAUGCGACAUAAUAUUAUUUAAUUGUCCAGUGGUUUUGGGUUCAAUAUUUUUUUUUAAUAUUAGCUAUUACGUUCAAUAUGUUUGAGAAAAAGUUUAUAAACUGAUAUUCCCGAGCAUCUAACGCGCUCAAUUUCUUUGUUAAAUCGUUCCAAUUUUUUUAAAUAUAUUUGUGUCUAUUUAUGUUUUUAUAUUUUUUCCUGUUCACAGUACAAAGCUAACGCCAAAUCCAUCGACCACGAAGGACGCACUUGUGUGCAACACGUACGGACGGCUUGCCGAAACGGCACGGCGUCCAUCCAAGAUGCUGGCCCGCUCACAGAACUGCUCGUGCAAAAUGGCUGCCCCGAUAACAGCACCAGCACGUUAACCAGACCCCUCGAUAUACUACCGUCCAGCGUUAUCUGAUUUCUCUCUUCUCCCAAUGUACUCAACAAUAUUAUAUUAUUUUCGGCACUCCCAGCCCCCUCUGACAGUGUAUCAUGCAAACUAAUAAUGUAUAAUAUUAUAUAAUAGUGGGUAUAGAUUAUGUACAUGAAAAAAAUUGAAUAUUAUGAUAAUAUCGACUAACGAAUACCACACUGUGAUAACCUCGUAAAUGUAAUUGUUUAAAAUAACCGCGUCCAUAUUAUGUGUCGUCUAGUCGUUUGUUCGAUUCGUUUGUAUCAGGGUAACGACACAAAAAAAAUUAAAAUUAAAAUAUUAUGGAUAUCCAUAUCGACCUGCAUUAUUAUUAUUAUUAUUAUUAUUAUUAUUAUUAUUAUUAUUAUUAUUAUUAUUGUUUAUUAUUUUUUAACAAUUAUUAUUAUUAUUAUUAAUUAUUAUUUUAGGCGGCUUAUAUUAUUUUAGACUAUUAUUAUUAGUUAUUACCUAUAGUUGUAGGUAUAAUAUAAAAAAAAAAAAAAAAAUUAAAAUAUAUUUAUAUAAAUCCUAAUUAUAUUAUUAUACGUGCGUAUAAAAUAGGUUUGUUAUGAUUUUUAAAUGAUUUUUAAUCGUUUAUUUAUUUAUUUUAUUUUUUUGCCUCUUAUUUUCUUUCUGUACUGUACCUAAGGUUUUGAGAAAAUCAAUUAUUAUAUUUUGUAUUUGAAUCUAUGAAACCUACAUUACUGAUUUGCGCUUAGUGUUUUGUUUUUUUUUUUCUAAACUAGGUACAUAUAUUUAAUAUGUAUCCAAUAUUAAGAACCCUCUCCCAUCUCGUUAACUGUGUUGUCAAUGAUAAUAAAUUUAUAAUUGUAUAAAAACCAAAAUCUUUUUUUUUUCUAAUUAUACUCGCAAAAGCUUCUAGAGUGCAUACUGUAUACCCCCCAUUGAUAUUAUUCUUUCACAACCUAUAUAAUAUAAAUAUUUAUUUUUUCACAACUAUAACUAUAUUAUGUCAAUAAAUCAAUAUGCA